UUGCAAGUUCAAUUCCAAGUAUAUACCAAAAAAUCUCCCAUGACGCAUUUAUAUCGAAUUGUGACCUCAUUUUUAAUAGUAAUCAAAAUAAAAUCAUAAUUUUUAAUCCACAAGUACAAGAUCCGUCUCGGGCUUCAGAUCCAACUUCAAUGCUGGCAUAAUCCCCAUGAAAAUCCGACUUUGGUUGUUGUUUCACUUUUUGAAGAUAUAAUUAAUUUAUUUUCAAUAUCAACUCAAUUUAUCAGUUGACUUGACAAAUACAAUAGCUAUAACAAAUUAGUCAGUGUCUCUGGGUCUCUCCCACUCUGAUUGUAUCUCUCUCGAUCUGGUUUUUCUCCCUCUCUCCGGCUGCUCUCUCUCUCUCAAUCUCAAACUGUUAUACGCUCAAACUGAUUUUCAAAUGCCAUUCCGCACUUAAACGAAACUAGUUUUUGCCUUUUCUAAGGUUUGCCUCCACAGAGAGCCACAGAGCUGUAUGUCAGCUGUUGGCCAGGCCUGUUAACUUGGCCAACACGAUCGUAGCUGCAACCGACACGGAGACGGAGACAGGGACAGACUGGCCGAGAGAGAGAGAGAGUCAGUCUGCCGGCGCACGGCAUUGUGUGCACCUCGCUCGAUAUUUCGCCAGCGGAACAAUCGAUUCUCGUUUGUCUUUCGAGUGUAUAUAUGUAUUGAAAGUUUGCGUCAGGCGUCUGUUAAUUGUUUCAAUUUUACCCUGUGAAAAUUCCAAAUACCAAAAAACCAAGCGCGCGCAAACCAAUCAAUAGUGUUCCAAGAAGAGCGUGAAGAGCGUGAAAUAUCGUUAGAUCCCGAUCCCAGCAAUAAGAAAUAUAUCCAGUGUGUGUGCCUGUAUCUGUGUGUUUCUUUUGACGGCAAAUCGCUUUUGGCAGCUGCUGCGGCAGCAAAAGCCAAGCCAAAAGAAGAAAAAAGCCAACGCUUUUUGCUGGCGUCGAUCUUCGUUUGGCAGCUGUUGGCAGUAUGAACUGAUUUUGGCCGCCAGUUGAUGAAUAAAAUGCAAAAAUGAAAAUAUUUUUGCCACUAGUCACGUGGAUAGUGCUACUACUCUCGAGUGCAGUACAUUCACAAUAUUCACAACAACCGCAACGUAUCCAGACAAAUUUGAGAAAGAACAGUCGAUUUCGUGGCGAGGUAUUCUUCCUGAACCUCGAGGAUGGCUACUUCGGAUGCCAGGUCAACGAGUCGACAGACUAUUUGCAAUUAUACGAACUAUCGAAACUAUGCGACGGCAAUCAAGACUGCUAUCUUGGUUCCGAUGAGCAAAACAAAGAGCUCAAAUGCACAAAUGACUGUGAUAAGGACGGCACAGUGUGCACACAUGGCGCGUGUUUGAAUGGCGUCUGCCAUUGCAACGAUGGCUAUGGCGGCUGCAAUUGCGUUGACCUAGAUGAGAACGAAUGCAAACAGCAUCCAUGCGAUGUGUUUGCCCAUUGCACAAACACAUUGGGCAGCUAUACGUGUACCUGCUUUCCGGGCUAUCGUGGCAAUGGUGUUCACUGUGAAGACAUUGACGAAUGCCAAGAUCCCGCGAUAGCAGCGCGAUGCGUGGAGAAUGCCGAGUGCUGUAAUCUGCCGUCGCACUUCCUGUGCAAGUGCAACGAUGGGUACGAGGGCGACGGUGAAGUGCUCUGCACGGAUGUGGACGAGUGCCGCAAUCCGCAGGCCUGCCCCCCGAACGCCCAGUGCAUCAACACGCCUGGGAACUACACCUGUGCCUGUCCCGAGGGCUUUGUGGGCGCCGAUCCCUACAAGGACUGUCAGGACGUGGACGAGUGCACAUAUCCGAAUGUCUGCGGACCCGGUGCCAUAUGUACGAAUCUCGCGGGCAGUUAUCGCUGCGACUGCCCGCCGGGAUACGACGGCGAUGGACGCGCCGACCAAGGAUGCGUGGACCAGGACGAGUGUGCUCGAUCUCCCUGCGGCCGCAAUGCCAACUGUUUGAAUAACGACGGCAGCUUCCGCUGCCUCUGCCCCGACGGCUACAGCGGGGAUCCCAUGCAUGGCUGCGAGGAUGUCGAUGAAUGCGCCACUAACAAUCCAUGCGGUUCGGGUGCUGAAUGCGUGAACAUGGGCGGUAGCUAUCAGUGUCGUUGUCCCCUCGGCUUCGUCCUCGAGCACGAUCAGAACGCAGAGCCACCUCUCGCCAUCCUGCCACUGGGCUAUGGCCAGGGGGAAGCCGAUAUCCAGACGGCGGUGGCUCCUGCCACAUCGGGCGCGGGCUUGGCCUGCCUGGACAUCGAUGAGUGCAACCAGCCGGAUGGCGUGGCCAAGUGCGGCACCAACGCCAAAUGCAUUAACUUUCCGGGCUCGUAUCGAUGUCUGUGCCCGAGUGGAUUCCAAGGACAGGGCUAUUUGCAUUGCGAGAACAUCAACGAGUGUCAGGACAACCCGUGCGGCGAGAAUGCCAUCUGCACGGACACGAUCGGAAGCUUUGUGUGCACCUGCAAGCCGGACUACACCGGCGAUCCCUUCCGCGGCUGCGUGGACAUUGACGAGUGUGCCGCCCUGGACAAACCCUGCGGCCAGCACGCCCAGUGCGAGAACACGGUUCCUGGGUACAACUGCAAGUGUCCGCAGGGCUACGACGGCAAGCCCGAUCCAAAGGUGGCCUGCGAACAGGUGGAUGUGAACAUCCUCUGCCGCAGUAAUUUCGAUUGCACCAACAACGCCGAGUGCAUUGAGAACCAGUGCUUCUGCCUUGACGGAUUCGAGCCCAUUGGCGCCAGUUGUGUGGACAUCGAUGAGUGUCGCACCCAUGCAGAGGCUUGCGGCCAGCAUGCCCAGUGCCUGAACACGCCCGGCUCGUAUCGUUGCGACUGUGAGGCCGGGUAUGUGGGCAGUCCCCCGAGGAUGGCCUGCAAGCAGCCCUGCGAGGAUGUCCGCUGUGGGCCGCAUGCCUACUGCAAACCGGACCAGAACGAGGCCUACUGCGUCUGCGAGGAGGGAUGGACCUACAAUCCCAGUGAUGUAGCCGCCGGUUGUGUGGACAUUGACGAGUGCGAUCUGCUGCAUGGACCCUUUGGCAGCUGUGGCCAGAACGCCACAUGCUCCAACACCGCCGGUGGUUACUCGUGCGCCUGUCCUCCAGGCUUCUCUGGAGAUCCGCACAGCAAGUGCGUGGAUGUGGACGAGUGCCGGACUGGCAGUAAAUGCGGAUCGGGCGCCGAGUGCGUGAACAUGCCGGGUGGUGGAUACACCUGUCGCUGUCCCGAACACACCAUUGCCGAUCCCGAUCCUAGUGUGCGCUGCGUACCCAUCGUGAGCUGCACGACCAGCGAGAACUGUCCCGGAAAUGCCAUCUGUGACGAAACGAAGCGUUGUCUGUGCCCGGAGCCGAAUAUAGGCAACGAUUGCCGGCAUCCGUGCGAAACGCAGGACUGCGGAGCCCAUGCCCAGUGCAUGCUGGCCAAUGGUCAGGCGCAGUGCCUAUGUGCACCCGGCUACACUGGAAAUGCCGCUCUUCCCGGCGGCUGCAACGACAUCGACGAGUGCCGGGCCAAUCCUUGUGCGGAGAAGGCCAUUUGCACCAACACAGCGGGUGGAUAUCUUUGCCAGUGCCCGGGCGGAUCAUCGGGCGAUGCUUACCGCGAGGGAUGUGCCACAUCCAAGAGUGCAGGCUGUUCCGACGCGAAUCCCUGUGCGGCUGGCGAGAGCUGCGUGCAGGAUUCGUACACAGGAAACAGCGUGUGCAUCUGCCGCCAGGGCUACGAACGCAAUUCGGAAAAUGGCCAGUGCCAGGACCUAGACGAGUGCUCCGCGCUGCGCGGAAAGCCAGCCUGCGGACUGAAUGCCCUGUGCAAGAACCUGCCCGGAAGCUACGAGUGCCGCUGCCCGCAGGGCCACACCGGCAACCCCUUCAUCAUGUGUGAGAUCUGCAGCACCGCAGAGUGCCAGUGCCAGGCGCCGUACAAGCUUCUGGGCAACAGCUGCGUCCUCGCGGGCUGCUCCAGUGGCGGCCAGGCCUGCCCCAGCGGUGCGGAGUGCAUCUCCAUUGCCGGUGGCGUGAGUUACUGCGCCUGCCCCAAGGGUUACCAGACGCAGCCGGACGGCACCUGUGCGGAUGUCAACGAGUGCGAGGAGCGCGGCACCCAGCUCUGCGCCUUUGGAGCUCAGUGCGUGAAUCAGGCCGGAGGCUACACCUGCCACUGUCCCGAGGGCUACCUGGGGGAUGCCUACAACGGACUUUGUGCUCCGGCCCAAAGGAAGUGCGCCGCGGACAAGGAGUGUGCCAGCAAUGAGAAGUGCAUCCAGCCGGGAGAGUGUGUCUGCCCACCGCCGUACUUCCUCGAUCCUCAGGACAACAACAAGUGCAAGAGCCCCUGCGAGCGAUUCCCCUGUGGCAUCAAUGCCAAGUGCACGCCCUCGGAUCCCCCGCAAUGCAUGUGCGAGGCGGGCUUCAAGGGCGAUCCCCUGCUCGGCUGCACAGACGAGGAUGAGUGCGCGCAUUUGCCAUGCGCCUACGGUGCCUACUGCGUGAACAAGAAGGGAGGAUACCAGUGCGUGUGCCCCAAGGGAUUCACCGGAGACCCGUACAAGAGCGGCUGCAUCUUUGAGAACGGAACGCCCAAGAGCAAGUGCCUCAGCAACGAGGAUUGCGCGAGUAAUCUGGCCUGCCUCGACGGCAGUUGCCUGAGUCCCUGUGCCAGUCUCCUGUGCGGAUCGAACGCCUACUGCGAGACCGAACAGCAUGCGGGAUGGUGUCGCUGUCGCGUGGGUUUCGUCAAGAAUGCCGAUGGCGAGUGCGUCUCCCAGUGCCAGGACGUGAUCUGCGGCGAGGGAGCCCUGUGCAUACCCACCAGCGACGGACCCACCUGCAAGUGCCCGCAGGGACAGCUGGGGAAUCCCUUCCCCGGUGGCAGCUGCAGCACGGAUCAGUGUACGGCCUCGCGGCCUUGCGACGAGCGUCAGAUCUGCAUCAACGGACGCUGCAAGGAGCGCUGCGAUGGGGUCGUCUGCGGCAUUGGAGCCACCUGCGACAAGAACAACGGAAAGUGCGUCUGUGAACCGAACUUUGUCGGCAAUCCUGAUCUCCUCUGCAUGCCGCCCAUCGAGAUGGCCAAGUGCUCGCCAGGCUGCGGGGACAAUGCCCAUUGCGAGUACGGAUUGGGACAGAGCCGAUGUGCCUGCAAUCCGGGAACAUAUGGCAAUCCCUACGAGGGCUGUGGCGCCCAGAGCAAGAAUGUCUGCCAGCCGAAUAGCUGUGGUCCGAACGCGGAAUGUCGCGCUGUGGGAAACCACAUCACGUGCCUCUGUCCGCAGGGCUUCAGCGGCAAUCCCCAUGUGGGCUGCCAGGACGUGGACGAGUGCACCAACAAACCGUGCGGCCUAAAUGCCGCCUGCCUCAACACUGCCGGUGGCUUCGAGUGCCUCUGCCUGUCCGGACACGCCGGAAAUCCCUACAGCAGCUGCCAACCCAUCGAGAGCCGGUUCUGCCAGGAUGCAAACAAGUGCCAGUGCAACGAGCGCGUGGAGUGCCCCGAUGGCUACAGUUGCCAGAAGGGACAGUGCAAGAACCUCUGCUCCAAGGCGGCCUGUGGACCGCGUGCCAUCUGCGAUGCUGGGAAAUGCCUCUGCCCCAUGGGCUACAUCGGAGAUCCGCAUGAUCUCAGCGAGGGAUGCAGCGUGCGCGGCCAGUGUGGCAACGAUGCCGACUGCCGUCACACGGAGAUCUGCUUCCAGCUGGGCAGGGGUCUGCGCAAGUGCGUGGAUGCCUGCUCGAAGAUCCAGUGCGGUCCCAAUGCCCUCUGCGUGGCCGAAGAUCAUCGCUCGUCGUGCAUCUGCUCCGACGGUUUCUUCGGCAAUCCGAGCAAUCUGCAAGUGGGCUGCCAGCCGGAACGGACGAUACCCGAAAUGGAGGACAAAUGCAAAACGGACAAGGACUGCGAGCGCGGCUUCGGCUGCCAGACUUCAUCGGCCCAUGGCACUCGGGAUUGCAUUAAUCUAUGCUCGAAUGUGGUCUGCGGACCGAACGAGCUGUGCAAGAUCAAUCCCGCGGGACAUGCCAACUGCAAUUGUGCCGAGAGCUUCGUGUGGAACCCGGUGGUCUCCUCGUGCGAGAAACCCUCGCUGCCCGACUGCACCAGCGAUGCCAACUGUCCGGAUGCCUCCGCCUGUCGCCCGGACGUCCUGGGCGUGCUCAAGUGCGUGGCCAUCUGCGAUUCCUUCACCUGUCCGGCCAAUGCCAUUUGCGUGGCCCGGCAGCACCAGGGACGCUGCGACUGCCUCAACGGUUUUGUGGGAAAUCCCAACGAUCGGAAUGGCUGCCAGCCGGCGCAGAAGCAUCAGUGCCGCAGCCAUGCCGAGUGCCAGGAGUCGGAGGCCUGCAUCAAGGACGAGACCACCCAAACGCUGAGCUGUCGCCCAGCCUGCGAGUCGGUCAAGUGCGGCCCCCGUGCCGUCUGCAUCACGAACAACCAUCAGGCCCAGUGCCAGUGUCCGCCCGGACCAUUCGCCGGCGAUCCGUACGAUCCGUUCAAUGGCUGCCAGAGCGUGCCGUGUGUCUACAAUCACGACUGUCCCACCACCCAAAUGUGCAACCGAAUGACCCACACCUGCUUCGAUGUCUGCGAUGAGGAGUCGUGUGGCGAGAAUGCCAUCUGCUUGGCCGAGGAUCAUCGCGCCGUGUGCCAGUGCCCUCCCGGAUUCCGUGGCGACCCACUGCCCGAGGUGGCUUGCACCAAACAGAGCGGCUGUGCCGCAGGAACCUGUCAUGCAUCAGCCAUUUGUGAGGUCACACCCGAGGGACCCGUGUGCAAGUGUCCGCCUCACUUCGUGGGCGAACCCAAGAGCGCGGGCUGCCGUCCGGACGGCCAGUGCCCCAAUGGGGAUGCCGACUGUCCGGCCAACACCAUCUGCGCGGGCGGACGCUGUCAGAAUCCGUGCGAUAACGCCUGCGGAUCGAAUGCCGAGUGCAAGGUCGUGAACCGGAAGCCCGUCUGCAGUUGUCCGCUGCGUUUCCAACCCAUCUCCGAUUCGGCCAAGGACGGAUGCGCCCGCAGCGCCUCCAAGUGCCUGACCGACGUGGACUGUGGCGGAGAGCUGUGCUUCAACGGCCAGUGCCGCAUCGCGUGCCGGAACUCGCAGGACUGCUCCGACGGCGAGAGCUGUCUGAACAACGUCUGUGUGGUGGCCUGCCUGGACCACAGCCAGUGCGCCAGUGGCCUGGCCUGCGUGGAGGGUCACUGCACCAUCGGCUGCCGCAGCAACAAGGAGUGCAAGCAGGACCAGUCCUGCAUCGAGAACAAGUGUCUGAAUCCGUGCCAGUCCGGCAACAGUUGCGGCCCCAAUGCCCUCUGCAACAUUGCCCAGCACCGGAGUCAGUGCAGCUGUCCGGAGGGAUUCGAGGGCAAUCCCACGCCCGAACAGGGCUGCGUGCGAGUGCCCGCUCCCUGCCUGGCCAGCAAUCAGUGCCCCAACGGACACAUGUGUAUCGGCAACCAGUGCAAUCUCCCCUGCACCAAGACCUCCUCCUGCGCGAUUGGAGAGCGCUGCUAUCAGCAGGUGUGCCGCAAGGUCUGCUACACCAGCAACAACUGUCUGGCCGGGGAGAUCUGUAAUGCGGAUCGCACCUGCCAGCCAGGAUGCGACUCCGACGCGGACUGCCCGCCCACAGAGCUCUGCCUCACUGGAAAGUGCAAGUGCGCUAGCGGAUUUAUUGGCACGCCCUUUGGCUGCUCCGACAUCGACGAGUGUACGGAGCAGCCGUGCCAUGCCAGUGCCCGGUGCGAGAAUGUGCCCGGUUCUUAUCGCUGUGUGUGUCCCGAGGGUACCGUCGGCGAUGGAUACACCAAGCAGGGCUGUUCCCAAGGGCGGCAAUGCCACCAGCCGGACGAUUGUGCCAACAAUUUGGCCUGCAUACAGGGCAAGUGCACGGAUCCGUGCCUGCAGACCGUGUGCGGAGCCAAUGCCCAUUGCCAGUCGGAAGGACACGAGGCUCAGUGUAGCUGUCCUGCUGGAUAUCUAGGUGAUCCAAAUGAUACAGGAGUCGGCUGCUUCAAGGUCGAGUGCAUCGAUCAUGUGGACUGUGCCAGCGAUCGUGCCUGCGAUGCGGAGACGAAUCGCUGCAUCAAACCCUGCGACCUAACCGGCUGCGGCAAAGGAAACUGUGAGGUGUCCGACCACAAGGCGGUAUGCGCCUGCUACGAGGGAUACCAACUGGUCAGCGGAGGAGUGUGCGAAGAUAUCAACGAGUGUCUGUCGCAGCCCUGCCACAGCACGGCCUUCUGCAACAAUCUGCCUGGAAGCUACAACUGCCAGUGCCCCGAGGGACUCAUCGGAGAUCCCCUGCAGGCCGGAUGCCGGGAUCCCAGCGAAUGCCUCAGCGAUGUCGACUGUCCCGCAACCGCCAGUUGCCAGAAUUCCCGAUGCCGCAGUCCCUGCGAACGGCAGAAUGCGUGCGGCAUCAAUGCCAACUGUCAGGCUCAAAGCCACCAGGCCGUGUGCACCUGCUCCGUGAAUUCCCGCGGAGAUCCUCUCGUCGAGUGCGUACACAUCGAGUGCUCGGACAACGAUGACUGUGGCGGGGACAAGGCCUGCCUGGAUGCCAAAUGUAUUGAUCCUUGCUCUCUGCCGAAUGCCUGCGGAGCCCAGGCUCUCUGUUCGGUCCAGAAUCACAUCGGAGUCUGUGCCUGCGAGUCGGGCAGCACCGGAGAUGCCAAACAGGGAUGUGUGCCACUGCAGUACUGCCAGCAGGAUGCGCAGUGCGCACAGGGAAGCAUUUGCUCGCAUGGAAUUUGCAGCCCCCUCUGCAGCACCAACAGGGAUUGCAUCUCGGAGCAGUUGUGCCUUCAAGGCGUCUGCCAGGGCACCUGUAAAUCCAACACGACCUGUCCCCAGUUCCAGUUCUGCUCGAACAACAUCUGCACUAAGGAGCUGGAGUGCGGCGCCAAUACGGACUGUGGCGAGGACGAGACCUGCCAGAUGGAUGCCUACGGACGUGCCCGCUGUGAGCCCGUGUGCCUCGGUCGUGCCGCCUGUGGCCGCAAUGCCGAGUGUGUGGCUCGCUCCCACUCUCCGGACUGUAUUUGCAAGGAUGGGUUCUUUGGGGAUGCCAAGUCGGGCUGCCGCAAGAUCGAGUGCAGCAGCGACGAGGACUGUUCGAACGACAAGAGCUGCGACAAUAAUAUGUGCAAGAUCGCCUGCCUGAUAGGCCAGCCCUGCGGGGACAACGCUCUCUGCACCACGGAACACCAUCAGCAGGUGUGCCACUGCCAGCCCGGCUUCAGUGGCGAUCCCCGCGUACGCUGCGAUGUCAUUGACUUUUGUCGCGAUGCUCCGUGCGGACCCGGUGCCCGUUGCCGGAACUCGCGCGGCUCCUAUAAGUGUAGCUGUCCCCCCGGCCUCGUUGGUGACCCGUAUAAUGAGGGCUGUCGCAGCUCCGUGGAGUGCGAGACCAACGAGGACUGUCCCCCGCAUGCUGCAUGCACCAAAACUAACGGCGUGGCCAAGUGUCACGAUGUCUGCGCACAACUGCAAUGUGGCCCCAACGCGGAAUGUGUUCCGAAGGGCCACAUCGCUCACUGUGCAUGCCGCAUGGGCUACGACGGCCAACCCGCUGACCGGGUGGCCGGCUGUAAGCCAUUGCCCGUUCCCUGUCAGGUCACCGGCGACUGUCCCACAAACACCUACUGUUCGGAUAGCGUCUGCAAACCUGCCUGCGUGCUGGACACCGAGUGUGGGCCGUCGGAGGUGUGCCAGGGCGGCCAAUGCUUCAAUCCCUGUGUCCAGCCCCAGGCCUGCGGCCAGAACGCCGAGUGCGUGAUGUUGAACCACCUUAAACAGUGCCACUGCCCGGAGGGUUUCACCGGAGACUCGUCGAAGGAAUGUGUCCGGGUGCCAGUUGCCUGCGAUGGUGACUGCUCGCCUGGCUACACCUGCCGCGACUCCAUGUGCCUUCCUGUGUGCCACAACGAUCUGGAGUGUGCCUCCAACGAGAAAUGCUUGCGGGGCAAUUGCAUGCUGACCUGCCGCGUGGAUAACGAUUGCUUCUUGGGGCACGUCUGCCUGCACAACAAGUGCGUCUACGGCUGCCAUGUGGAUGAUGACUGCAGUGCCUCCGAGUCCUGCCGCAACGAUAAGUGUGUGAAUCCCUGUGUGGAGAGUCCCUGCGGCCCAAAUGCCGCCUGUUCGGUCUCCAAUCACCGGGCCACCUGCAGCUGUCUGGAGAGCAUGGUACCCAAUCCCACGCCCCAGGUGGGCUGCGUGCGUGCCCCCCCGCUCGAGUGCCGCGAGAAUCGCGACUGUGGCAACGGGCUGGCAUGCUUCGAGUCUGUGUGCCGCCCCUUGUGCGCCGACGACGCCGGCUGCCUGACCAACGAGCGUUGCCAGCAGGGCGUCUGCAAGCCACUCUGUCGCCACGACAACGAAUGCGCCCACGGCGAACUGUGUCUGGGACUUAACUGCGUGCCCGGCUGCCGGUCCGACCAGGGUUGUCCGCCCGAGCUUUCCUGCGCUGCCCAACAGUGCGUGGAUCCCUGUGCAGACCCCACGGCCUGUGGAACGAAUGCCCUCUGCCAGACGAUCGACCAUCGCAAACAGUGCACUUGCCCGGAGGGACUUAGCGGCAAGGCCAACGUGGCCUGCAAGGUUCCGCGAAUCGCCUGCGGACGCAACGAGGACUGCCAGAACAACCAGUUGUGCUACGCCGGAAGCUGUCAGGGCAAGUGUCGCAACGACCAGAACUGUCUCUCGGACGAGCGCUGCAUGCGUGGAACCUGCCGCACAGUCUGCAACACGGAUGAGGUCUGUGCCCAGGGCCAGAUCUGCGAGAAUCGUGUCUGUCAGACCGGUUGCCGCAACGACCUCAGCUGUGCGACCGACGAGGCCUGCGUGAACAAGAAGUGCCAGAAUCCCUGUCGCAGCCCCGGCCAGUGUGGCCAGUGUGCCGACUGUCUGGUGGUGAAUCAUGGCGUCCAGUGCCAGUGUCCGGCCUCUUUCAUUGGAGACGGCCUCACUGGCUGCCAACUGCCAGCGGAGCGCUGCCAUCCCGGCUGUGAAUGCGACGAGAACGGGGCCUACUGCGCCACAAAAUGCUCCCGAACGGAGGACUGCGCCUGCGGACAACAGUGCGCGCGCGGAAAGUGUCGCAACAAGUGCGGACCCAAGCGACAAUGCACCGUGGGACAGUUGUGCGAGCGAGGCGCCUGCAUUGCCGGCUGCAAGUCCAACAGUGACUGUGCCGCCGACCAGAGCUGUGUGCGCGGCAAGUGUACUGACCCAUGUGCCGACGACAAGGCCUGCGGACGCAAUGCCCUGUGCACCGUGUCCGAGCAUCGUAUGCUCUGCUACUGCCCCGACGGCUAUGAGGGAGAACCCAGUAAGGAGUGCGUGCAGUUCGAGUGUCGUCAGGACUCUGACUGCGACAGCAGCAAGCGAUGCGAUGGCGGCAAGUGCCGCAAUCCCUGCCUGGAGUACGGUGCCUGCGGCACCAAUGCCCAAUGCCGUGUAGUUAACCGCCAGGCCCAAUGUUCCUGCCCACCCGACUUCUUUGGAAAUCCUGCCAGCGAGUGCCAGCCCCUGGACGGUGGCUGCUCCAACAGCCCGUGUGGCGUCAACUCCAAGUGUACCGAAGUGCCCGGCGGCUACGAGUGUGCCUGCAUGGAUGGCUGCAUUGGGGAUGCCAACAAGGGGUGCCUCUGCGAGGGACCUCUGGUGAAUGCCUGUCAUGAUCAUCCAUGUGGAUUGAAUGCGGCCUGCCAUGUGCUGGACAACGACCAAGCCGAGUGCUACUGCCCGGAGGACUUCCCCAACGGUGAUGCCUAUGUGCAAUGUUAUUUGACUCCACCGCAACAGGACUGCCGAACUCUCGGCUGCGAUGUGGGCGACUGUGUGCGCCAUGGCUAUGAAUAUGUGUGCCAGCAGGACACCGAACAAUGCUACUCAGAUACGGAUUGUCCCAGUGAAAAAUCCUGCCUCCAAGGACACUGCAGCGAUCCUUGUACAAUGCGUGGCGCGUGCGGCUCGAAUGCGCUGUGCAAAACUGUUCUGCAUCGUCCGCGCUGCUCCUGUCCAAGUUGCCACAUCGGCCGGCCCGAAGUAGAGUGCAAGCCCGAUCCCAAUUGUCUCACCGAUGACAUGGACGCCAAGACCAAGGAGCAGAUACCAUGCUCCAGUGACAACGAGUGCCCGGAGACAUUGCAGUGCGGCCAGUACGGCCAAUGCACAGAUCCAUGCAACAAUCCCCUCUUCAUUUGCGAGAGCAACAAGAAGUGCGAGACACGACGCCACCAGCCCGUUUGCAUCUGCAAGUCGGGCUUCAUAGUCAACGAAUACGGAGAACUGACGUGUGCACCGGAUAAGCGGGAAUGCUAUCGCGAUGAUGACUGCGCCUCGAAUAUGGCCUGCACGGAUGGCAAAUGCCGGAACCCCUGUAUUGUGCCGUUGGGCCGGGCACCGGUCUGUGCCGAGAACAAGUCCUGCGAGGUGCAAAACCACAAGCCCGUGUGCAUUUGCAUGCGGGACUGUCAGCCCUCGAUAUCCAUUUGCCUGCGGGACGCUGGCUGUCCGGCUGGCCUUGCUUGCCGUAAACUGCAGUGCGUCGAUCCUUGCAAGUUUGCAACAUGCGCCCCCAACUCGCCAUGCAUUGUCGAGGAUCACAAGCCGAUAUGUAAAUUCUGCCCACCUGGAUUUAUAGCCGAUGCCAAAUAUGGAUGUCAAAAAGAAAUCGGUUGCGCAUCGAGUGAUGAGUGUCCCACCCAGCAGUCUUGCAUCAAUGCGCUUUGCGUGGAUCCCUGUACCUACAGUAAUCCCUGCAGCCGUACCGAAGACUGUCGAGUUCUCAACCAUCAGCCUUUGUGCUCUGCAGAAAUGGGUCGCACUCCUGGGUGCGAGCACUGUCCGCCGGGUGCCAAUUGCGAUCCCACCACUGGUGCUUGUAUCAAGGCUAAUGUAACAAUAACAACUAGUACUACCAAGAAACCAAGAACAACCAAGAGACCAACACCAACACCAACACCAAGAACAACUGCAACUACAACCACAACCACAACAACUGCUAACCCAAACAAAAGUGUCAAAACACCGACCACCACCACUACCUCCACUAGCACUGAAUCGAGCACAGCAUCCACAAGCGCUACUAACCAAACAACCAGUAAGAAUAAGCCACCAGACACCGAAAGCACAACAUCCCACACGGAUGCCACAAGGCGGUACCGCGAUGGAGAGAACAAUAUAACCGAUACACCGACGGCAAGGCCAUCGGUGGCAACGACCAAGUUGCGUGGCGAAGACGUGGCCGGCGACAGUCAACGGCGAACCACAACGACGCCAAAGAUGAAGACCACGCGUUUGGAUACAUCCAAUGAAGUGCCCGAUGCGACAACAACCUGGCCGACCGAGCUGCCAACCACUGAUGGCACCACAACGGAGAUCUACAGCACAAUAAUUGUCCCACUGGGAGGCAACAACGCCACCACCACUACUGACAUCUCAUUAAUUAACCCAUGUACAGUAGAUACUAACUGUGCCCCUAACGAGCACUGUAAGCUGGGCAAUUGCCGUAAGAAAGAGCCACCGGGUACACCGAAAACACCAGAACCCUGCCAAUCGAACAACGAUUGCAUUGAGAGCGAGGCCUGUUACAUGGGUCUGUGCCAGGAUCCUUGCGAUUUUGCCAAGAUAUGUGCCGCGAGUGCCAAGUGUACGGCUAAGAGUCAUCGACCCAUAUGCACCUGUCCGCAGGGACAUGAGGGCAAUCCGAUGGUCAAGUGUGUGCCCACCGAAACCUCAAUUGAAUGUACAGACAAUUCCGACUGCGGAGUGACGGAGGCUUGCAUCAAUGAGAGAUGCCAGCAUCCAUGCGAUGUUCACGAUCCCUGUGCCACGAAUGCCAUUUGCAUCAACACCAACCAUGCGGCCGACUGCAGUUGUGCCGAUGGUUUCCAGGGCAAUGGACGUGUCGGCUGUCAGCCAGCACGCACCCAUGUCUGCCAAUACAACGAGGACUGUCCACCGACGAAACUCUGCGAUCGCCUCAACCGUCGCUGCAUCAAUCCCUGCCAAGAGGAUUCCUGUGGCGAGAAUGCCGAGUGCGUACCAAUCAACCACGGAACUGAUUGUCGCUGUCUGCCCGGCUUCCUGGGCAAUGCCUAUGUGCAGUGUUCGCCGCUGCAGGGAUGUCGUGCCGACACCGAGUGCGAUUCUAGUCAGGCCUGCAUCAAUGGAAAGUGUGCAUCGCCCUGUCAGUGCGGCGCCUUUGCACUCUGCGAUGUGAUCAACCAUCGUGGGGUGUGCAAGUGUCCGCCUGGAUACAAUGGAAAUCCCCAGGUGGGCUGCAGUCCGCCGCAGAAUCCUUGCGAUCCCAAUCCCUGUGGCCUCAGUGCCCUGUGUGAACUGGACAACGGCAAUCCCAUUUGCUACUGUCCCAAGGGACUCACAGGAAAUCCAUUCAAGAACUGCAUCCCGGAAGGCGAUGAAUGCACACCGAAUCCUUGUGGACCCAACUCCGGAUGUCGUCGCGUGGAUGGGCAAUCCGUCUGCUUCUGCCUGCCCGAAUACGAGGGUCAGCCCCCUUUGAUAGCCUGCGAGCUGCCGUCGAACCCAUGCGGACCGUCGCCGUGCGGCCCCAACACACAGUGCACCGUCCUGAGCAACGGCUUCUCCAAGUGCACCUGCCUGCCGGGUUACGUGGAGAGCCCCAACACCAUUCGUGGCUGUGUGGAACCCAUCAAUCCAUGCGAUCCCAGCCCCUGUGGCACUGGUGCCAUCUGCGACUCGUCGCGCCAACCAGUGUGCUACUGUCCGGACAACAAGAUCGGAAAUCCCUUCAGGCUGUGCGAGAAGCCCGCGGUGUCAAUUGAGCUCUGCCAGCCAGGUCCUUGCGGCCGAAAUGCCGACUGCUAUGUGGCCGGUAAUCGUGAGGAAUGCUACUGUCGCUCAGGAUAUGUCGGCGAUGCCUACCAAGGAUGCCGCGAGCCAAGUCGCACCGUCUGUGACCCGAAUCCAUGCGGACCCAAUGCCAAUUGCGUUGUCGCCGGCGAUGGACAGACCGCCUGCGUUUGUCCCGAAGGUCUCUCCGGUGAUCCCACAUCGCUGGUGGGUUGCCACGGCUAUGAGUGCCAGGUUGAUGCCGAUUGUCCCCACAGCAAAGCCUGCAUGGGCUUCCGCUGCUACGAUCCCUGCCCCGGAGCUUGCGGCCAUGGAGCCAACUGCCGCGUUGAGGAGCAUCACCCCGUUUGCUCGUGCAAUGCUGGCUUGACUGGCAACCCAGGAGUCCGUUGCUAUGCCCUGGACCAUCCGAAGACCAAUCCGUGUGUGCCCAGUCCCUGUGGCGUCAAUAGCGAGUGCAAACUGCUCAACAAUCGCGCCGUCUGCUCCUGCAUUCCCGGCUACCUAGGCGAUCCAGAGUCGGGCUGCCAGCCGGAGUGCGACAUCAACUCGGACUGCGGCGAGAUCCUGUCGUGCAUUAACCACAAGUGCGUGGAUCCCUGUGCAGGAGCUAUUUGCGGUAUCAAUGCCAUUUGCAAUGUCCGCCAGCAUACGCCAGUGUGCCAUUGCUUGGACGGAUUCGCCGGCGAUGCCUUCCUUCAAUGCGUGCCGAUUGGAAUUUUGAAGAACGUGUCGCGCGACCCGUGUGCCCCGUCCCCCUGCGGACCGCACGACGUCUGCUCGGUCUAUGGCGAUGGUGUGGCACUGUGUGAUCCCUGUUUUGGACCCAAUGCCCAGCAGAAUCCACGUUGCCGACCCGAGUGUGUGGCCAACUCCGACUGUCCCUUCGAUCGUGCCUGUUUGGGUCAGCGCUGCCUCGAUCCUUGCCCCGGCUCCUGCGGACGCAGUGCCCAGUGUAAUGUGUACGAACACAAUCCGGUGUGUUCCUGCCCCGUAGGACUCUAUGGCAAUCCAUACGAGCAGUGCACCAUUCAAUCGGCAAUUGUACCAACUCCAGCGCCAAGCUGCGCAAAGCUGCAGUGCGGCGCCAAUGCUGAAUGCAAGCGGGCGCCCGGUGGCCUCGCCUGCGUCUGCCGCAAGGGAUACUUUGGUGAUCCACAUGUUGGCUGUCGUCCAGAGUGCGUGCUCAAUAGCGACUGUCCCGCGGACAAGGCCUGCAUGAACUCCAAGUGCGUGGAAGCCUGUGCUGGCGUGUGUGGUAUCAAUGCCGUCUGCCGUGUGGUGAACCAUGCCCCAGUGUGCAUCUGUUCUGAGGGUUACAGUGGAGAUGCCUCCAUUGCCUGUAAUCCUUACUAUCUGCCACCCGUUUCACCGCCCAUUGUGAGGCCACAUCCGUGCGAACCCUCGCCCUGUGGUCCCAAUUCCCGCUGUCUGGCCACCCCCGAGGGAUAUGCCGCCUGCUCCUGCCUGCCAAACUUCAAGGGAGCCCCGCCCGUCUGCCAGCCCGAGUGCGUCGUAAGCUCCGAGUGUGCUCCCAACCAGGCCUGUCUCAACCAGAGAUGCGCGGAUCCAUGUCCCGGCAUCUGCGGUGUCGGAGCCCGCUGCGAGGUGCUCAAUCACAAUCCCAUUUGCUCGUGCGAGCAAAAGUUCGAGGGAGAUCCGUUUGUUGCCUGCUCUCCCAUACCCGAGCCGGGUCGCGAGGUGGAUCUGCCCAAGAAUCCGUGCGUGCCCUCGCCCUGCGGACCCAACUCCAUUUGCCAAAUCAAACAGAACCGCCCGGUCUGCUCGUGUGUGGCCAACUACAUUGGCAGCCCGCCCUAUUGCCGGCCAGAGUGCACACUGAGCAGCGAGUGUCCUUCGGACAAGGCCUGCAUCCAUGAGAAGUGCCAGAAUCCCUGUGCCAAUGUCUGUGGACACAACGCCCGUUGUACGGUCAUCGCCCACUCCGCUCACUGCAGCUGCGACCAGGGUUACGAGGGAGAUGCCUUCAUCGGCUGCUCUCAGACAAAAGAAGAGAAAUCGGGUGAUGACUUUGGACCCUGCUAUCCCAAUCCUUGUGCCGAGAAUGCCGUGUGCACACCACACAACAAUGCCGCUCGCUGUAGCUGCAUUGAACCGUACUUUGGAGAUCCGUACAGCACUGGAUGCCGGCCCGAAUGUAUCUAUAACUCGGAAUGCCCCUCGUCGCUGGCCUGCAUCAAACAGCACUGUCGCAAUCCUUGCACAGCUGCCUGUGGAGCCAAUGCCGAGUGUGCCGUGGUCAACCACUUGCCAUCCUGUAGUUGCACCCGCGGUCACGAGGGAGAUCCGUUCGUGGGUUGCAAGCGUAUGCCUGUGGGACCUGUGAGCGUCUGUGAACCGAAUCCUUGUGGCCCCAACAGCAUCUGCCGAACGGUCGAGGGCCAUCCCACGUGCAGCUGCCAAGUGGGUUACUUUGGAGCCCCGCCACAGUGCCGGCCUGAGUGCGUCGUCAGCUCGGAAUGCUCGCAACAUCUGGCGUGCAUCAACCAGAAGUGUACUGAUCCGUGUGCCGAAACCUGCGGCUUCAAUGCCAAGUGUCAAGUUAAUAACCACAACCCGAUAUGCUCUUGUCCCAGAGAUUACAUUGGCGAUCCCUUUGAACAAUGUGUACCUAAACCAUCUGAACCGCCAAAGAAUUUGGAUCCUUGCCUGCCCAGUCCAUGUGGACCCAAUGCCAAUUGUCGGAAUGUGAACAAUCGCGCCGAAUGCUCCUGUGCUCCGGGCAUGUUCGGAGCCCCACCGAGCUGCCGACCCGAGUGCGUUAUCAAUCAGGAUUGUCCAUCCAACCGGGCUUGCAUUCGCCAGAGAUGCGAGGAUCCUUGCAUUGGAAUCUGUGGCUUCAAUGCCCACUGCUCUACACAGCAUCAUCAGCCCAAGUGUGGGUGCAUUGAGGGUUUCGAAGGCGACCCGUACACCGGCUGCAACAUGCGGGAGAUCGUGGUUCCGGACCAACCAGCCGAUCCAUGUCACCCAUCCCCAUGUGGUGCCAAUGCCAUCUGUCGCGAACGCAAUGGUGCCGGGUCAUGCAGCUGCAUCCAGAACUAUUUCGGUGAUCCGUACAUAAACUGCCGCCCCGAGUGCGUGCAGAACAGUGAUUGUCCCGCGAGCAGGUCCUGCAUCAACAUGAAGUGCGGCGAUCCCUGCGCCAAUGCCUGUGGCUUCAAUGCCAUCUGCCGUGUGGCCCAUCACCAGGCGGUUUGUAGCUGUGAACCCGGUUUCACAGGCAAUCCGCAACGCGCCUGCGUCAAGCGUCCCUCAAAUAUGUACCUGCCCUUGCCCAAAGACCCUUGUAGACCAUCGCCCUGUGGCCUGUUUAGCACUUGCCACGUGGCUGGAGAUCACCCCGUUUGCGCUUGCCUUCCGGACUACCUUGGCGUUCCGCCCAACUGCAAGCCCGAGUGCCGCACAAGUGCAGAAUGUCCCUCGGAUAGGGCGUGUAUCAAUCAACGUUGCCGCGAUCCCUGUCCCGGCACUUGUGGUUACAAUGCGCGUUGUCGCUGUACGAAUCACUCCCCCAUUUGUAGCUGCAUCGACGGCUUCACCGGUGAUCCGUUCCAUCAGUGUCUGCCCGAAAGAAAACCGGAGCCGAUACCAGACCCCAUCGUGCCAUUGAAUCCCUGCGUACCAUCGCCCUGCGGUCCCAACUCCCAGUGCCAGGUGGCCAGCACUGGAGCCGUGUGCUCCUGCGUGGCCAACUACAUUGGACGUCCGCCGGCCUGCCGGCCGGAGUGUAGCAUCAAUUCAGAGUGCCCCGCCCGGAUGGCCUGUAUGAAUGCGCGUUGUGCCGACCCGUGCAUCGGUUCCUGCGGCAACAAUGCCCUCUGUCAUGUCAGUCAACAUGCUCCGGUGUGCAUGUGCGAGCCUGGCUUCAGUGGCGAUCCCUUCACCGGCUGCUACAAGAUCUUAGAAACGCCCAUUGAGGUCUCACAACCCUGUCGCCCCAGUCCUUGCGGCUUGAAUGCCUUGUGCGAGGAGCGAAAUCGCGCUGCUGCCUGUAAAUGUCUGCCCGAAUACUUUGGGGAUCCGUACACCGAGUGUCGCCCCGAGUGCGUCAUCAAUUCGGACUGCCCCAAGUCGCGGGCGUGCGUCAAUCAGAGAUGCGUCGAUCCCUGUCCCGGGAUGUGCGGCCACAGCGCCCUGUGCGCUGUCUUCAAUCAUGCACCCAACUGUGAAUGCCUGCCCGGCUACACGGGAAACCCCAUUGUCGGCUGUCACCUGGUACCCGAGACGCCACGCUAUCCCGACCCAAUAGUACCCGAAAAUCCAUGCCAACCCUCGCCCUGCGGCCUCUACAGCAACUGCCGCCCGGUCAACGGCCAUGCAGUAUGCUCCUGCGUACCCAACUACAUUGGAUCCCCACCCAACUGCAGGCCCGAGUGCAUGAGCAGCUCGGAGUGCGCGCAGGACAAGUCGUGUCUGAACGAGCGGUGCAAAAAUCCCUGCCCGGGCACCUGUGGCAACAAUGCGCUCUGCCGUGUCGUUAACCAUAAUCCCAUCUGCUCCUGCAGCCCCGGCUUCAGCGGUGAUCCAUUUGUGCGCUGCUUCCCACAAGAAAAACGCCCCAUCGUCCAUGAUCGCGUCGAGCCAUGCGUGCCCUCGCCGUGCGGGCCAAACUCUCAGUGUCGGGUGUCGGCUAAUGAUCAGCCCGUCUGCUCAUGCUUGCAACAUUAUGUGGGUAGGGCGCCAAAUUGCCGACCCGAGUGCACUUCGAACUCGGAGUGUGCCGGCAACAUGGCCUGCAUCAAUCUGCGGUGCCGGGAUCCCUGCGUGGGUACCUGCGGAAGUCAGACCACGUGUCUUGUAAAUAAUCAUAGACCGAUAUGCCGCUGCCUCGAGGGCUAUGCGGGCGAUCCAUUCUCCGAGUGUAGUCCACAAACUAUCGUUCCGCCCGAGGUUGCACAGCCCUGCAAUCCCAGUCCCUGCGGCGCCAACGCGGUGUGCAACGAGCGCAAUGGUGUUGGCUCCUGUUCCUGCCUGCCCGAAUACAGUGGCGAUCCGUACACCGAAUGCCGGCCGGAGUGUGUCCUGAACAGCGACUGUUCGAAGAACCGCGCCUGCCUCAACAACAAGUGCCGCGAUCCCUGCCCAGGUGUUUGCGGUGUCUCCGCCGAGUGUCAUGUGAUUAAUCACGCGCCCAGCUGCAGCUGCCCCUCCGGAUACACGGGCAACCCAUCGCAGUACUGCCGGGAAAUACCAAAAUUGGCCCCGCCUGUCCAGCCGUGUCGCCCGUCGCCAUGCGGCCCGUACAGCCAGUGCCGCGAGGUGAACGGACAUGCGGUCUGCUCAUGCACCACCAACUAUGUGGGCACUCCGCCCGCCUGUCGACCGGAGUGCUCUGUUAGUUCCGAGUGCUCUCAAGACAGGGCUUGCGUGAACUUGCGCUGUGUAGACCCCUGUCCCGGAACCUGCGGCCACGAGGCCAUUUGCAAGGUCACGAAUCACAAUCCCAUCUGCUCGUGCCCCAGUGGCUACAGCGGCGAUCCGUUUGUGCGAUGCGCUCCACGGCAACAAGAACCGGAGCAGCCAAAGUCCAAUGAGAAUCCCUGCGUGCCCAGUCCCUGCGGCCGCAACUCCCAAUGUCGCGUGGUGGGCGAGACUGGCGUCUGUUCCUGUCUGCCCAACUUUGUGGGCCGUGCGCCCAACUGUCGCCCAGAGUGUACACUCAAUUCCGAGUGUCCUGCCAAUCUGGCGUGCAUCAAUGAGCGCUGCACAGACCCUUGUCCGGGGUCAUGCGGCUUCAAUGCCUACUGCAGUGUCGUUGGCCACUCGCCUAUCUGCUCGUGCGACAAUGGCUUCACUGGCGAUCCAUUCGCUGGCUGCAAUCCGCAACCUUUGCCAGAACCCGAUGAGCGCCUGACACCCUGCCAACCCUCGCCCUGUGGCCCCAAUGCCGAGUGCCGUGAACGCAGCGGCGCCGGCUCCUGUACGUGUCUGCCAGAGUACUUUGGCGAUCCGUACAGUGGCUGUCGUCCCGAGUGCGUGGUUAAUAGCGAUUGCUCACGCGACAAGUCCUGCGUCAACCAGAAAUGCGUGGACCCUUGUCCUGGCGUUUGUGGCCUGAACGCCGAGUGUCGUGUGUCCAAUCACUUGCCCAGCUGCUCGUGCCUGGCCGGCUACACUGGAAAUCCGUCGAGUGCAUGCCGUGAAAUACCCCAACUCCCACCCCCACCCCUGGCCGAUGUGAAUCCCUGUAGACCCUCGCCGUGCGGUCCGUACAGCCAGUGUCGGGAGAUCAAUAACCAUGCCGUGUGCUCUUGCCAGCCCGGACUCGUUGGCUCUGCCCCCAACUGUCGGCCCGAGUGUAUCAUAAGCUCCGAUUGUGCCCAAGAUCUCAACUGUCAGAAUCAGAAGUGUGUGGACCCGUGUCCGGGCACAUGCGGCAUUGAGGCACGUUGUCAGGUCAUAAACCACUAUCCUGCAUGCUCCUGUGCCCCAGGCUAUACCGGAGAUCCCUUCAAUCGGUGCACUAAAAUAUUGUUGGAGCCCACAAUACCCGAAAAGUCCGGUAAUCCCUGUGUACCCUCGCCGUGCGGACCCAACUCGAAAUGCAUCGAUGUGCGCGGUUCGCCUGCAUGCUCCUGUCUGCCGGACUACCUCGGGCGGCCGCCCAACUGUCGGCCCGAGUGCAUGAGUAGUGCGGACUGUCCGGCGAAUCUCGCGUGUGUCAACCAGCGCUGCGCAGAUCCGUGUGUUGGAGCUUGUGGCCAGAACUCUCUGUGCCAGGUGAUCAAGCAUCGUCCAACAUGCGAAUGCGUGCCUGGUUACACCGGCGAUCCGUUCUCCGGCUGUGCUGUUGUACAGCAAAUUACGCCAACGGAGGCGCCACGCAAUCCCUGCAAUCCCAGUCCAUGCGGCGCCAAUGCCGUGUGUCGCGAGCGCAACGGCGCCGGCUCCUGCACCUGUCUGCCUGAAUACUUUGGCGAUCCGUACAGUGGCUGCCGCCCGGAAUGUGUCCAGAACGAUGACUGCGAUCGCUCCCGUGCCUGCAUCAACAGCAAGUGCCAGGAUCCUUGUCCCGGUGCCUGCGGAAUCAAUGCCGAGUGCCGUGUCCUGAAUCAUGGUCCCAACUGCAACUGCUUCGAGGGCUACACGGGUGAUCCGCAUCGCUCCUGCGCUCUGCUUGAAGUGGUGACCAGACGACCCGAGAACCCAUGCCAGCCCUCGCCUUGUGGACCCUACAGCCAGUGCCUGGACACGAACAGCCAUGCGGUCUGCUCCUGCCUGGAGGGCUACAUCGGAGCACCGCCCAGCUGCAAGCCGGAAUGUGUCGUCAGCUCCGAGUGCCCCCAGAAUCGGGCGUGCAUCAAUCAGAAGUGCGCCGAUCCCUGUCGCGGAUCCUGCGGCAACAAUGCCAAGUGCCAGGUGGUGAACCACAAUCCCAUCUGCAGCUGCGUGCCCGGCAUGACCGGCGAUCCCAUCAGCGGCUGUACACCCAGCGAAGAUGCCAAGGAAUAUCAAGAGCCGUGUGUGCCCUCACCCUGUGGCCCCAAUGCCAUUUGCCGCGAGAUUGGAAACCAAGCGGCUUGCUCCUGCAAUGCCAACUUCAUUGGACGUCCGCCCAACUGCCGGCCAGAGUGCACCAACAACGACGAGUGCCAGAAUCAUCUAUCCUGCCAGCAGGAGCGCUGCGUCGAUCCCUGUCCUGGCUCAUGCGGCAGUAACGCCGUCUGUCAGGUAGUGCAACAUAAUGCCGUCUGCUCCUGUGCCGAUGGCUACGAGGGUGAGCCGCUCUUCGGGUGCCAGCUUAUUCCCCUGCUGCUGCCCACCGAGGCGCCCACAUCGCCAUGCGAACCUUCGCCGUGCGGCCCCCAUGCCGAGUGUCGCGAACGCAACGGAGCCGGCGCCUGCUACUGCCAUGAGGGCUUCGAGGGCAACCCCUACGAUGCGCAGCGCGGCUGCCGACGCGAGUGCGAGAUCAACGAUGAGUGCACGGCCUCCCAGGCGUGUGUCCGCUUCAAGUGUAUCGAUCCCUGCGACAAUAUGUGCGGGGAGUACGCUCUCUGUACAGUGGAUAACCAUGUGCCCACCUGCACCUGUCCGGCCGGCUACAGCGGAGAUCCGUUCUUCAGCUGCAAGCCCGUGCCGGUUACCCCGCGUCCACCGCUGAACCCGUGCAAUCCCUCGCCCUGCGGCCCCAACAGCAACUGUCGCAGCAUCAACAACCAGGCCGUAUGCUCCUGCCAGUCGGGCUUCGUCAAUCAGCCGCCCAACUGCCGACCCGAGUGUAUAGUCAGUGCGGAGUGUGCCCCGGAACGUGCCUGUGUGAACAAGAAGUGUGUGGACCCAUGUCUGCACACCUGCGGCAUUCGUGCCAUCUGCAGUACCAAGAACCACAGCCCCAUCUGCACAUGCCCCCGCGGCAUGAGCGGUGAUCCCUUCGUUCAGUGCUCUAGGAUACCUAUAACACACGAUGUGACUACAGCAGAACCUCCAGCUGCAUCUUGUGUGCCUUCACCUUGCGGUCCCAAUGCCAAAUGCCAGAUUGUGGGCAAUAGUCCGGCCUGCUCCUGCUUGCCGAACUUUAUUGGCGCCCCACCACGUUGUCGGCCGGAAUGUGUCCUGAACUCCGAAUGCGGACCCACGGAGGCGUGCAUCAAUCAAAAGUGCGGCGAUCCGUGCUCUGGUUCCUGUGGCUUCGAGGCCAAGUGUCAUGUUCUGAACCAUCUGCCCAUUUGCAACUGCAUCGAGGGCUACGAAGGCGAUCCGUUUGUGCGCUGUACCGAGAAACCAGAAGGCAAGACCCCGCCGCCGGUCGCCAACGAUCCGUGCAAUCCGAGUCCAUGCGGCCCGAAUGCCGACUGCUUUGCCGGUGAGUGCCGCUGCCAGAAUAACUAUCAAGGAAACGCCUACGAAGGCUGCCGACCCGAGUGUACCCUCUCGGCGGACUGUCCGCGGGACAAGGCCUGCAUGCGAAACAAGUGUGUGGAUCCCUGCCCCGGAAUCUGUGGCAACAAUGCCGUUUGCGAGGUGAUGAACCACAUACCCGUAUGCUCCUGUCUGCAGGGCUACGAGGGCGAUCCGUUUACCAAUUGUCGCGUGAAGCUCAUCGAAGAUACACCUAAAGUCCAGGCCUGUGCUCCGUCACCAUGCGGCUCGAACAGCCAGUGCCGCGAUGUCAACGGACAUGCCGUCUGCUCGUGCCUGGAAGGAUACAUUGGGGCGCCGCCUCAAUGCCGUCCCGAAUGCGUGGUAUCUAGCGAAUGCUCUGCGCUACAGGCUUGUGUCAACAAGAAGUGCGUGGAUCCCUGCGCCGCUGCUUGUGGCCUGGAGGCACGCUGCGAGGUCAUCAAUCACAGCCCCAUCUGUGGCUGCCCUCCUGGCCGAACUGGAGAUCCCUUCAAGCAGUGCACAGAGAUAGCCGUGGCCCCGCCUCCAGAUGUUAAGGAAGCCCCCAGAGAUCCAUGUGUGCCCUCGCCGUGCGGACCCAACUCCAUAUGCAAGCCCGAUGAGCGAGGACCCGUGUGCCAGUGCCAGCCAGAGUUCUUUGGUUCGCCACCCAACUGCCGGCCCGAGUGCAUUAUCAAUCCCGACUGUGCCUCGACGCAGGCCUGCAUCAACAACAAGUGUCGCGAUCCCUGCCCCGGCUCGUGCGGCACAAACGCCGAAUGCCGCGUCAUCGGUCACACGGUCUCGUGCUCCUGCCCAGCGGGAUAUGCUGGCAACGCGUUUGUGCAGUGUGUGCCGCAACAGGAGGAACCGGUCAAGCCGUGCCAACCUUCGCCUUGUGGCGCCAAUGCCGAGUGUAUUGAACGGAACGGAGCUGCUGCCUGCAAGUGCAUCGACGAGUACCAAGGCAAUCCCUACGAGGGUUGCCGACCCGAGUGCGUGCUCAGCUCGGACUGUACCACGGACAAGGCAUGCAUACGGAACAAGUGUCAGGAUCCCUGCCCGGGAAUUUGCGGCCUGAAUGCCCAGUGCUAUGCCGUGAAUCAUGUGCCCAAUUGUGUCUGCCUCGAUGGUCACACGGGCGAUCCGUUUACCAACUGUCGCCGCGUGGAGCCCACAACGCCACCGCCAGUCGCCGAUCCCUGCAUCCCCUCGCCCUGCGGCGCCAACAGCAAGUGUCGCAUUGCCAACGGACUGGCCGUCUGCUCCUGCCUGGAGAGCUUCAUUGGAGCUCCGCCGAACUGUAAGCCGGAAUGCACGGUGAACGCCGAGUGUCAGCCGAACAAGGCCUGCCACAAGUUCCGCUGUGCCAAUCCAUGUGCAAAGACGUGCGGCAUCAAUGCCAAGUGCGAGGUGAUCAAUCACAAUCCCAUCUGCAGCUGCCCCUCGGAUUUGACAGGCGAUCCGUUCGCCCGUUGUUAUCCAGCGCCUGCCGUUGCCGGACCUAAGGAUGUUCCGGAGUCCAAGACGCCCUGCCAGCCCUCGCCAUGCGGCCUCUACUCAGAGUGUCGCGUGCGCGACGAGCAGGCCUCCUGCUCCUGCCUGCCCAACUACAUUGGGGCACCGCCCAACUGCCGACCCGAGUGCAUUGUGAAUACGGACUGCUCGCCGAACCGCGCCUGCAUUGCCGAGAAGUGUCGCGAUCCCUGCGACGGCUCCUGCGGCAUCAACUCCGAGUGUCGCAUCCAGAACCACCUGGCCAUAUGCACCUGCCGCGGUGGAUUCACCGGCGAUCCGUUCGUUCAAUGCGUGGAGAUCAUUGAGACGAUCACGAAGCCUCCACUGAACGAACCACAGGAUCCCUGCGACCUGCAACCGUGUGGAGCCAAUGCGGAAUGCCACGAGGGCACCUGCACCUGCUUGAGAGAUUACCAGGGCGAUCCCUAUACGGGAUGUCGUCCGGAGUGUACGCUGAGCACCGACUGCGCCCCCGUCAAGGCGUGCCUGAACAAAAAGUGCGUGGAUCCCUGUCCCGGAGUGUGUGGCCAGAACUCGCAGUGCGAUGUCUCCAAUCACAUACCGAUCUGCAGCUGCCUGCAGGGCUACACGGGUGAUCCGUUCGUGCACUGCCGCCUGGAGACGCCCGUGGCCAAGGACCCAUGCCAGCCGAAUCCCUGCGGUCCCAACAGCCUGUGUCAUGUGUCGGCCCAAGGACCGGUGUGUGCCUGCCAGCAAGGCAUGCUGGGCUCACCGCCCGCCUGCAAGCCAGAGUGCAUAGUCAGCUCCGAAUGCUCCCUGCAAACUGCCUGCGUACAGAGGAAGUGUGUCGAUCCUUGCCCCGGCGCCUGCGGCCAGUUCGCACGCUGCCAAGUGAUCAACCACAAUCCAUCGUGCUCCUGCAAUUCAGGAUACACGGGAGAUCCGUUCACGCGCUGCUUCCAGGAAGAGCGCAAGCCGCCAACACCCACGGAACCAUGUCAACCAUCACCCUGCGGACCAAAUUCGGAGUGUAAGGUGCUCAAUGGAAAUGCCGCCUGCUCGUGCGCCGCCACCUUCAUUGGAACGCCACCCAGCUGCCGGCCCGAGUGCUCCAUCAAUCCCGAAUGUCCACCGACCAAGGCUUGCAUACGCCAGAAGUGCUCCGAUCCCUGCGUGAAUGCCUGCGGCUUCAAUGCCCGCUGCAAUGUGGCGAAUCAUCAACCCAUCUGCACAUGCGAUGUGGGCUACACAGGAGAUCCGUUCACCGGCUGUCAAAAGGAACAAGAGCGCAUUGUCAAUGAACAGGUGACGCCCUGCGAACCCAAUCCCUGCGGCUCGAAUGCUGUAUGUCGCGAACGCAAUGGGAUCGGCUCCUGCCAGUGCCUGCCCGAUUACUUUGGCGAUCCCUACCAGUCCUGUCGCCCCGAAUGCAUCCGAAACUCGGACUGUCCCACGAACAAGGCCUGCCAGCAGCAAAAAUGUCGCGAUCCCUGCCCCGGCACCUGCGGCACCAAUGCGGACUGCAGCGUUACGAAUCAUCUGCCCACCUGUACAUGCCGCAUCGGAUACAUUGGUGAUCCCUACCGCUACUGCCAUGUGGAGCCAGCCCAACCUAUCCGUCUGGCCGAACCCGCACAACCCUGCCACCCCUCGCCGUGUGGCCCCAACUCUCAGUGUCGCGAACUCAACGGCCAGGCCGUCUGCUCCUGCCUCGAGCUGUACAUCGGUCUGCCCCCCAACUGCCGUCCCGAAUGCGUGCUCAGCAGCGAGUGUCCCACGGACAAGGCGUGCAUAAGUCAGCGAUGCCAGGAUCCCUGCCCGGGUACAUGCGGCAUCAAUGCCGAGUGCCGGGUUCGGAAUCAUGGUCCACUCUGUCAGUGCCGUCAAGGCUUCACCGGCGACUCCUUUACCCGUUGUUAUGCCCUGCCACCCCCGCCGCCUGUUGUUCAGCGUGUUGAUCGUGAUCCCUGCAUGCCAUCGCCCUGCGGCUUGAACAGCCAGUGUCGCAAUGUGCAGGGCGUGCCCUCCUGCUUCUGUCUGCCCGAGUUCCUUGGAGCACCACCCAACUGUCGUCCCGAAUGCACCAUCAGUGCCGAGUGUUCCUCGAAUCUGGCCUGCAUCCGUGAAAAAUGUAUCGAUCCAUGUCCAGGGUCCUGUGGCUACGAUGCAGAAUGCAAUGUGGUGAAUCACACGCCCAUUUGCGUCUGUCCCGUAGGCUAUACUGGGGAUCCGUUCAGCAGUUGUCGUCUGUCGCCACCCGAACCCGUUCAAAGUGAAUAUGUGGAUCCGUGCAACCCAUCGCCGUGUGGUCCGAACGCGCAGUGCUCCAACGGUGUCUGCAGCUGUUUGUCCGAGUUCCAUGGCGAUCCCUAUGCCGGCUGUCGUCCGGAAUGUGUCCUCAACUCCGACUGUCCCAGGGACAAGGCCUGUCUGCGCAGCAAGUGCCAGAAUCCAUGUCCGGGAACGUGCGGCGAGAAUGCCAUUUGCGAUGUCAUAAAUCACAUUCCGAUGUGCCGUUGUCCGGACGGCACCGCUGGCAGUGCCUUUAUACGCUGCUCUCCCGUCCAGCAAACUAUUGUGGAAACGAAUCCCUGCCGUCCAUCUCCCUGCGGACCGAAUUCCCAGUGCCGCGAGGUCAACCAGCAGGCGGUUUGCUCCUGCCUGUCCAGCUAUAUCGGUGCCCCACCGUCCUGUCGCCCCGAGUGUACCUCGAACGCCGAGUGCGCGCCCUCGCAGGCGUGUCUGAACCAGCGUUGCGGAGAUCCUUGCCCUGGCACCUGUGGCGUAGGUGCCAACUGUGCCGUGGUCAGCCAUAGUCCCUUCUGCACCUGUCCCGAACGCUUCACCGGGAAUCCCUUCAUCCGUUGUCAGCCACAAAUUGAACCCGUGCGUGAUCUCGUCCCAGUCGAACCCUGUCGUCCAUCGCCAUGUGGCCCCUAUUCCCAAUGCCGCCCUGUUGGCCAAGAAGCCCCCGCCUGCUCCUGCCUGGAGACUUACAUUGGACGGCCUCCGAACUGCCGUCCAGAGUGUGUAACGAGCUCGGACUGUACCAGCCAGAUGACAUGUGUCAACCAGAAGUGCGUCGAUCCGUGUCCCGGACGCUGUGGUCUCAAUGCCGAGUGUCGUGUAGUGAGCCAUGCGGUGCAGUGCAUCUGCCAGCAAGGCUUCACCGGCGAUCCCUUCGUGCAGUGCAGCCCCGAAACCAUCCGCGACAUCGAGGUUCGCACUCCGUGCAGCCCCAGUCCCUGUGGACCGAAUGCCGUUUGCCGUGAUCGCAAUGGCGUCGGUUCCUGCCAGUGCCUGCCCGAAUAUUUCGGAGAUCCCUAUGCCGGCUGUCGGCCGGAGUGUAUGCUGGACUCGGACUGUCCCUCGAACAGGGCGUGCCAGCAGCUGAAAUGCCAGGAUCCCUGUCCCGGAACAUGCGGCCUGAAUGCCCAGUGCCAGGUAGUAAACCAUCUCCCAACCUGCAAUUGCCUCACUGGAUAUGAGGGGGAUCCGUACCGCCAGUGCACCAGAAUGCAAGAGCCACCACAAAAAGAGUACGUGAAUCCUUGCCAGCCCUCGCCCUGCGGCCCCAAUUCCCAGUGUCGUGUGGCCAACGAGCAGGCCGUUUGCUCUUGCCUGCCCCUCUUUGUGGGAACUCCUCCCGCCUGUCGACCCGAAUGCACCAUCUCCUCCGAGUGUCCCAGCCAUCAGGCAUGUGUUAACCAGAAGUGCGUGGACCCAUGCACCGGCGACAGCUGCGGCAGCAAUGCCGUGUGUCGAGUGCGUAACCACAGUCCCAUCUGCAGUUGCCUCAGUGGCUUCACUGGCGAUGCCUUUACGCGUUGCUUCCCCAUUCCACCACCACCGCCCGAACGGAUCCAAGAACCCCUGAGAGAUCCCUGUCUGCCUACGCCCUGUGGACCCAAUUCGGAGUGCCGCAACAUCAAUGGGGUGCCCGCAUGCUCCUGUUUGUCCAGCUUCAUGGGGCAGGCGCCCAACUGUCGACCCGAAUGCACCAUCAACGCCGAGUGUCCUGCCAAUAGGGCGUGCAUCAAUCAAAGGUGUCGCGAUCCCUGUCCAGGGGCCUGCGGCCUGGAUGCAGUCUGCAGUGUCAUCAAUCAUACGCCACUCUGCGCCUGCAUCGAUGGGUAUAUCGGAAAUCCCUUCACCAAAUGUAGCCCCAAGCCACCAGAACCCACAUCCCCGCCACCGGUCGCCGACGAUCCAUGCAAUCCCUCGCCCUGCGGCUCGAAUGCCGUGUGCCGCAAUGGCCAGUGCUCGUGUAUACCCGAAUACCAGGGCGACCCCUACGUCUCCUGUCGUCCCGAGUGCGUGCUGAACACGGACUGUCCCAGAGAUCGAGCCUGCGUGCGCAACAAAUGCAUAGAUCCCUGUCCAGGCACCUGUGGCGUGAAUGCCCUUUGCGAAGUAACCAAUCACAUACCCAUCUGUCGCUGUCCCGACCGGACGUCCGGCAACGCAUUCUUCGAGUGUCGUCCCGUGCCGGCGAAGCCCAUCAUCCAGCAGAAUCCCUGCCAGCCAACGCCAUGCGGACCCAACAGUCAGUGCCGCGUUGUGCAGAACACGGCAGUCUGCUCCUGCCUGAAGGACUACGUGGGCAGUCCGCCCCAGUGCCGACCGGAGUGUGUCACCAACUCGGACUGUCCGGCAGAUCAGUCGUGUCAAAACAUGAAGUGCCGUGAUCCCUGUCCGGGAAUAUGCGGCUUCAACGCCCUCUGCAACGUGGUCAAUCACAGUCCCUUUUGCAGCUGCCCCACGGGCAUGUCCGGCAAUCCAUUCGUCAGCUGCCAGCAGCUGCCCCAACGCGAUGAUCGACCCCAGAACCCCUGUCAGCCCUCGCCCUGCGGUCCCAACUCCGAGUGUCGCGUCUCAGGAGACUCCCCAUCAUGUUCCUGCCUGCCAGAGUUCGUUGGAGCUCCUCCCAACUGCAAGCCCGAAUGCAUCUCCAGCUCAGAAUGCCCCACCAACAGGGCCUGCAUCAACCAGAAAUGCGUGGAUCCCUGCCCUGGACUAUGCGGACAGAAUGCCAACUGUCGGGUGUUCAGUCACACGGCCAUGUGUCUGUGCGAGAGCGGCUUCACCGGUGAUCCAUUCACUCAGUGUAGUCCGGUCAGGGAUGCCCCCGUGGAGGUACUGCAGCCCUGCAAUCCCAGUCCCUGUGGCGUCAAUGCCAAGUGCGAGGAGCGCGGUGGGGCUGGAUCCUGCACCUGUCUGCCGGAGUACUUUGGCAAUCCCUACGAUGGCUGCCGCCCCGAAUGUGUCCUGAACUCCGACUGUCCUUCGAACAGAGCCUGCGUGAAUCAGAAGUGCCGCGAUCCCUGUCCGGGAGUGUGCGGUCAGAGCGCCGAGUGCCAGGUGGUUAAUCACCUGGCCACAUGCAAUUGUCUGAUUGGCUACACCGGAGACCCCUACACCCUGUGUCGCAUCGUAGAGAAAGAACCACCCGUAGCCAUCUAUGUGAAUCCCUGCCAGCCGUCACCCUGCGGUCCCAACUCGCGUUGCCGUGAGAUCAACGAUCAGGCUGUGUGCUCCUGCCUCCCCGAGUUCAUUGGCAGUCCCCCGGCUUGUCGGCCGGAAUGCACCAGCAGCUCGGAAUGUGCCGCCGACAAGGCGUGUGUGAAUCGCAAAUGCGUGGAUCCCUGUCCGAAUGUUUGCGGUCAGCAGGCCGAGUGUCGCGUUCGCAAUCACAAUCCCAUCUGUAGCUGUCUGAGCGGAUACACCGGAGAUCCAUUCACCCGCUGCUACCGUCAGCCCCCUCCUCCUGAGGCACCUAUUGAAAGAGAACCCCUUGAGCCUUGUGUACCCUCGCCGUGUGGGGCCAAUUCCCAGUGUCGCGAUGUCUAUGGCACACCCUCGUGCUCUUGCCUGCCCCAGUUCUUAGGACCGCCGCCCAACUGUCGACCCGAAUGUUCCAUCAAUGCGGAGUGUCCCAGCCAUCAGGCGUGCAUCAAUCAGAAGUGUCGCGAUCCCUGUCCCGGCUCCUGUGGCCUUAACACCCAGUGCAAUGUGAUCAAUCACACGCCCAUCUGCAGCUGUCUUCUGGGGUAUAUCGGGGAUCCAUUCAGCGUUUGUAAUCCCGAACCGCCGCAGAAAAUUCAAGAUCCACUGCCACCUCAAGAUCCCUGUUAUCCCUCACCCUGUGGCUCCAAUAGCCGCUGCAAUAAUGGCGUAUGCUCGUGUCUGCCGGAGUACCAUGGCGACCCCUACACCGGUUGUCGUCCCGAGUGCGUCCUCCACACAGAAUGCGAUCGUAGUCGCGCCUGUGUGCGGCACAAGUGUGUGGAUCCCUGCCCCGGAAUAUGUGGAACGAAUGCGAUAUGCGAGGUCCUGAAUCACAUUCCCAACUGUCGUUGUCCCGCGGAAAUGCAGGGAAAUGCCUUCAUCCAAUGUAGCCCUGUGCCACAACUCGAUGACGUGCAGAAUCCCUGCCAGCCCUCGCCCUGCGGACCGAAUGCCCAGUGCCGCGUGGCCAACCAGCAGGCCAUUUGCUCCUGCAUCGCGCCCUUCAUUGGCAGUCCACCCUUCUGUCGUCCGGAGUGCACCAGCAACGCGGAAUGUCCCCUGAACCUGGCAUGUUUGAACCAGAAAUGCAGCGAUCCUUGUCCGGGCGUCUGCGGCCGCAGUGCCCAGUGCCAUGUGACGAACCACAGUCCUUUCUGUCGCUGCUUGGACCGCCACACGGGCAAUCCCUUCGUCAGUUGCCAGCCGAUCAUUGAGCCGCCAGUGCCGCCGCCGCGUCAGCCAUGCCUCCCCUCACCCUGCGGCGCGUAUGCCCAGUGCCGGGAGAUCAAUGAGACGCCGUCGUGCACCUGUCUGCCCGAGUACAUUGGCGCUCCGCCGAACUGUCGGCCCGAAUGCGUUACCAGCUCCGAGUGUCCCACUCAUCAGGCUUGCAUCCAGCAGAAGUGUCGCGAUCCCUGUCCUGGUCUGUGCGGCCUCUUGGCGGAGUGUCGUGUGCUCUCGCACACUCCCAGUUGCGUCUGCCCCGAGGGAAUGGAGGGUGAUCCCUUCACCCAGUGUACGGAGAAGAGAAUCCAGCAGUUGGAUCGAUUGGACCCAUGCAACCCCAGUCCCUGUGGCGUCAAUGCCAGGUGCACUUCGCGCCAGGAUGCUGGCUCUUGUCAGUGUUUGCCGGAAUACUUUGGGAAUCCCUACGAGGGCUGCCGUCCGGAAUGUGUCCUCAACUCUGAUUGUCCAUCCAACAGAGCGUGUCAGCAGCAGAAGUGCGAGGAUCCUUGCCCGGGAACCUGCGGCCAGAAUGCCAUCUGCAAUGUCCUCAACCACGUGCCCAGCUGUAGCUGCCUCACGGGUUAUUCGGGCGAUCCCUACCGUCAGUGCCUGCUUGAACGCCAACCCAUCAAGGAGUAUCUGAAUCCCUGCCAGCCUUCGCCCUGUGGCCCCAAUUCCCAGUGUCGUGAGUCCAACGAGCAGGCCGUUUGCUCCUGUCUUCCCGAAUAUGUGGGUGCGCCUCCUGUUUGUCGUCCCGAGUGUACCAUAUCCUCAGAGUGCUCGCCGGAUAAGGCCUGCGUGGGCCAGAAGUGCAUCGAUCCCUGUCCGAAUACCUGCGGAGAGCAGGCCACCUGUCGUGUUGUGAACCACAGUCCCAUUUGUACGUGUCGCGCCGGUUACACGGGCGAUGCCUUCUACCGCUGUGUACCCAAACCCCCUGUGCCAGUGGCUCCUCCAGUGCAAAAGACACCAGUCGAUCCCUGUGUGCCCUCCCCUUGUGGCCCGUAUGCCGAGUGCCGUUCGAAUGGCGACGCUCCUGCCUGUUCCUGUUCGAUUGGGUACUUGGGGGCUCCGCCCAACUGCCGUCCCGAGUGCCGCAUCAAUGCGGAGUGUCUCAGUAGAGAGGCCUGCAUCAAUGAGAAGUGUCGCAAUCCCUGUCCCGGCUCCUGUGGCCUUGGUGCCACUUGCAACGUGAUCAAUCAUACGCCCAGCUGCACCUGUCCGCCGGGAUACACGGGCGAUCCGUUCACCCACUGCCAGCCCCAACCUCCACCGCCACCACCUGUGGAGCUAGAUGAUCCCUGCAAUCCCUCGCCCUGUGGAGCAAAUGCUCUGUGCAACGCAGGCGUCUGCACGUGCAUCCCUGAGUACCAUGGGGAUCCGUACAUCGGCUGUCGUCCCGAGUGCAUCACCAGUUUGGAUUGCUCGCGAGAUCGGGCCUGUGCACGUCACAAGUGCUUCGAUCCCUGCCCGGGCACCUGUGCCCCCAAUGCCAUUUGUACGGUCCUCAAUCACGUGCCCAUGUGCACCUGUCCGGAGGGGUAUGCUGGCAAUGCGUUUAUCCAGUGCCAACCAGUGCCACCACCAACCAUUGUCCAGCCGUGUCAGCCAUCACCCUGUGGCCCCAAUUCACAGUGCCGUGAGGCCAAUGGUCAGGCGGUAUGCUCCUGCGUGCCAGGAUAUAUUGGAACCCCUCCACUCUGUCGACCAGAGUGCACCUCGAACGCGGAAUGUGUGUCUCUCGAGGCGUGCUUGAAUCAAAAGUGCGUGGAUCCAUGUCCUGGAGCCUGUGGCAGGAAUGCCCAGUGUAGUGUCGUCAAUCACAAUCCCUUCUGCACGUGUCUGCCCCACUAUACGGGCAAUCCGUUUGUGGGCUGCCAGCAGAUCAUCGAGCCUCCUCAGAGGGAGGAACUCAUGCCACGCGAUCCCUGUCGACCCUCCCCCUGCGGACCCAAUGCCGAAUGUCGGGCCGUUGGGGACACAGCAUCGUGUUCCUGUCUGGCGGAAUUUGUUGGCUCUCCGCCGUACUGCAAGCCGGAAUGCGUGACCAACUCCGAGUGUCCAUCGAAUCGGGCGUGCAUCAAUCAGAAGUGUCGCGAUCCUUGCCCUGGUCUAUGUGGUAUAAGUGCCAUUUGUCGCGUUGUCUCCCACACGGCCAUGUGUCUCUGUGAUGCGGGCCUCACCGGCGAUCCCUUCACCCAGUGCCAGCCGAUUGUCCACGAUGUGGAGAUCAUCAAUCCGUGCCAUCCCUCGCCUUGUGGCUCGAACGCCGAGUGCAUACAACGGAACGGAGCGGGCGCCUGUCAGUGCUUACCGGAGUUCUUCGGGAAUCCCUACGAGGGCUGCCGUCCGGAGUGUGUCAUCAAUUCGGACUGUCCUGCGAACAGAGCCUGCCAGCAGCAGAAGUGCCGCGAUCCCUGCCCCGGCAGCUGUGGCCAGAACGCCGAGUGCAAUGUCGUGAACCACACGCCCAUCUGCAGCUGCUUCCCUGGAUUUAUAGGCGAUCCGUAUCGCUAUUGUAGUCAACCGCCAGAACCUAUUGUCCAUGACUACGUGAAUCCCUGUCAGCCAUCGCCCUGUGGCUCCAAUGCCAUUUGUCGCGUGGUCAACGAGCAGGCCGUGUGUUCCUGUGGCCCCGAGUUUGAGGGAGCCCCGCCCAACUGCCGUCCCCAGUGUACCUCCAGCUCUGAGUGUCCCUCCACCCAGGCUUGCAUCAGCUACAAGUGUGCCGAUCCCUGUCCUGGUGUGUGUGGCCAGCUUGCGAUCUGUGAGGUGCGAAACCAUAGUCCCAUCUGUAGGUGUCCCCCGGCCAUGAUGGGCGAUCCCUUCGUGCGCUGUCUGCCACGACCAGAGAGUAAGGAACGAUCCAGAACUAUGAUCCAGAAUGGUGUUAAUCCUUUACGACCCUCGACAGUUCCUCCACCCCUAAGAGAUGUGGCCCCCUACCGCGAUCCCUGUGCACCCUCACCCUGUGGCCUUUACUCCACCUGCCGCAACCAACAACAGCAGGCUGUGUGCUCCUGUCUCCCGAACUACUUUGGCACUCCCCCGCAUUGCCGACCCGAGUGCUCCAUCAAUGCAGAGUGUCCCAGCCACUUGGCGUGCAUUAAUCAAAGGUGUCGCGACCCCUGUCCCGGCGCCUGUGGCCAGCAGACCGAGUGUCGGGUGACCAACCACGUGCCCAGCUGUCUGUGCCUCCAGGGCUAUGUGGGAGACGCCUUCUUGGCCUGCCACCCAGCUCCACCCCCUCCAAGCUACGAUGAACCCCGUGAUCCCUGCAAUCCCAGUCCCUGCGGCAACAAUGCCAUUUGUUCGGGCGAUGGUCAGUGUCGCUGUGUGGCCGACUAUCAGGGGGAUCCCUAUGUCUCCUGCCGCCCCGAAUGCGUGCUGAGUGCCGAGUGUCCUCGGCAUCUGGCCUGCAUUCGCCAAAAGUGCACAGAUCCCUGUCCCGGCACGUGCGGUGCCAAUGCCAUCUGUGAAGUCCAGAGCCACAUAGCCAUGUGCCACUGUCCCCCGGGAAUGACUGGAAAUGCCUUUGUCCAGUGCAGCGACGUACGUGAUGCAGUGGAUGUCUACCGCAAUCCUUGUAGCCCAUCGCCGUGCGGCAGCUAUGCCGAGUGCCGCGAGCGCAAUGAUCAGGCCAUCUGCAGCUGCCUCCCCAACUACUUUGGCGUCCCCCCCGCCUGCCGACCCGAGUGCAGCAGCAACUACGAUUGUGCACCCCAUUUGGCGUGCCAGAACCAGCGUUGCGUCGAUCCCUGUCCGGGAGCUUGUGGCGCCCAUGCCCAGUGCCGAGCUGUCAGCCACAGUCCCUUCUGCAGCUGCAGACCUGGCUACACGGGCAAUCCCUUCGUUCAGUGUCAUAGGAUCUUUGAACCUGUGAGGGAUGUGGUGCUCCGAGAUCCCUGCCAGCCAUCUCCCUGCGGUCCCAACAGCGAGUGUCGGCCCGUGGGUGAUACACCAUCCUGCUCAUGUCUCGCCAAUUUCUUUGGCACUCCGCCGAACUGCAGGCCCGAGUGUGUAUCCAACUCCGAGUGCAGCACGGUCCAAGUUUGUGUGAACAAUCGCUGCAAAGAUCCCUGUCCAGGGCUUUGUGGCACAUCUGCAGUUUGUCGCGUCAUUAGCCACAGUGCCAUGUGCCACUGCCAGCCAGGAUACAGCGGGGAUCCCUUCAUUCGCUGUGAUCCCAUUGUUGUACGUGAUCCCAUAGAGGUCCUGCAGCCCUGUAAUCCGAGUCCCUGUGGCGCCUUUGCCGAGUGCCGGCAACAGAAUGGAGUCGGCUCCUGUCUGUGCUUGCCCGAAUACCACGGCAAUCCCUAUGAGGCCUGUCGUCCCGAGUGUGUCCUGGACUCCGAUUGCGCCUCGAACAGAGCCUGUGUAAACCAGAAGUGCCGCAAUCCCUGUCCCGGAGUGUGUGGGCAGAAUGCCGAGUGCUAUGUCCGCAAUCAUUUGCCCACCUGCAACUGCCAGAACGGCUAUGUGGGAGAUCCUUAUAGCUAUUGCAGCAUUGAGACCAAACCCAUUCGUGAGUAUGUGAAUCCCUGCCAGCCCUCUCCCUGUGGCCCCAACUCCCAGUGCCGUGAACUGAAUGGCCUGGCCACUUGCUCCUGUCUGCCCGAGUACGUGGGCAGUCCGCCUGACUGUCGUCCCGAGUGUACGGUCUCCUCCGAGUGUAGUCUGGACAGGGCCUGUGUGCGCCACAAGUGUGUGGAUCCCUGUCCAGGUGCCUGUGGCAGCAAUGCCAAUUGUCUUGGAAUGAACCAUGCCCCACUCUGUUCCUGUCAGCCAGGCUACACGGGAGACCCAUUCACCCGUUGCUAUCCAUUGCCUCCUCCCACAACGCAUAUACUCUACGACAUUGUAAGCGAUCCCUGCCAGCCGUCCCCUUGCGGUGCCAAUUCCCAGUGCAGGCAGUCCCAGGGUCAGGCCAUCUGUAGCUGUCUCUCCAACUACUUUGGUCUGCCGCCGAACUGCCGACCCGAGUGUACCCAGAGUUCCGAGUGCCUGUCCAGCCGGGCGUGCAUCAACCAGAGGUGUGUGGAUCCAUGCCCCGGCUCCUGUGCCUACAACGCCCUCUGCACCACGCGUAACCAUGUGCCGAGCUGUCAGUGUCCCCCCAGAUAUGUGGGAGAUCCGUUCACCAAUUGUUACCCAGAACCCCAGCCACCACCCACACCCAUUGCCCUUGAUGAUCCCUGCCAUCCCUCGCCCUGCGGACCCAAUGCUCAGUGCUCGAACGGUCAGUGUUCGUGUAUUGGGGACUACCAGGGGGAUCCCUACAGGGGCUGCCGCCCAGAGUGUGUCCUGAAUGCCGACUGUUCGAAGGAUCGGGCCUGUGUGCGCCACAAGUGUGUGGAUCCCUGUCCGGGCACCUGUGCCCCCAAUGCCAUAUGCGAUACGAUCAAUCACAUCGCCAUGUGCCGCUGUCCAGAGCAGAUGACAGGCAAUGCCUUCAUCCAGUGCGAGUUCCCACCUGUGGCAUUGACUCCACCCGAUCCUUGCGCACCGUCACCGUGCGGCCCCAACAGCCGUUGCCGCGUACUCAACAACAAUGCCGUCUGCUCCUGCAUUGAGGACUAUGUGGGUACGCCACCCAAUUGUCGGCCCGAGUGCACCCACAAUUCGGAUUGUCUGCCGCGACUGGCCUGCCAGCGGCAGCACUGCAUCGAUCCCUGUCCCGGAACCUGUGGCUUCAACGCCCUCUGUCAUGUGGUCAAUCAUGCUCCAAUCUGCAGCUGUCCGCCGCAACACAAUGGCAACCCCUUCGCGGGCUGCUUCCCGGAACCAGUGCGUCGCGAUGAGGAACCCCCCAGGAACCCCUGUCAGCCCUCUCCUUGCGGACCCUAUGCCCAGUGCCUUGCUCUGGGAGAUCAGGCACAGUGUAGCUGUCUUCCCAGCUACAUUGGAACGCCGCCCAACUGCCGGCCAGAGUGUGUGACCAAUUCGGAGUGUCCCUUUGACAGGGCCUGCAUCAGUCAGCACUGCCGCGAUCCCUGUCCGGGCGUUUGUGGCUCCAAUGCCCAGUGCCAUGCGAUAAGCCACGCCACCAUGUGCCAUUGCCUGCCCGGCUUCACGGGGGAUCCAUUCACCGCCUGCCACCAGCCUCCGAUCGUUCAACAAAUCGAAUAUGUCCAGCCUUGCUCCCCGAAUCCCUGUGGGGCCAAUGCUGUGUGUCGCCGCGAGGGCAAUGCCGGCUCCUGCCAGUGCCUACCCGAAUACUAUGGCAAUCCCUACGAGGCCUGUCGUCCCGAGUGUGUGGCCGACAGCGACUGUCCGUCGGAUAAGUCCUGCCACCAGCUGAAGUGCCGCGAUCCGUGUCCCGGGGUUUGUGCCCUGAAUGCUGCCUGUCGCGUGAUCAAUCACCUUCCCACCUGUCAUUGUCUCAGCGGAUUCCUAGGGGAUCCCUACAGCUACUGUCGUCUGCCAGAGAAACCUAUUCUCAAGGAGUACGUAAAUCCAUGCCAGCCCUCGCCCUGUGGCCCCAACUCCCAGUGUCGUGAGAACAACGAGCAGGCCAUCUGCUCGUGUCUACCGGAAUAUGUGGGGGCUCCGCCUAACUGUCGGCCCGAGUGCGUCUCGAAUGGGGAGUGUUCCCGUGACAAGACAUGCCUCAAUCAAAAGUGUGGCGAUCCCUGUCCUGGAGUGUGCGGCUCCAAUGCCGAAUGUCGCGUCUUCCAGCAUGCCCCCAUCUGUAGUUGUCGUCCAGGGUUCACUGGCGAUGCUUUCUCCCGAUGCCUGCCCCUGCCACCACCCCUUCCCCCGCUCUUGGAUCGCGAUCCCUGCUUACCCUCGCCCUGCGGCCAGUAUGCGGAGUGUAGAGACAACCAAGGCUCUGCCACCUGUACCUGCCUCCCCGCGUACUACGGCACUCCACCCAACUGCCGACCCGAAUGCACCAUCGCCGAGGAUUGUCCCUCGCAUCUGGCGUGUCAACAGCAGCACUGUCGCGAUCCCUGUCCAGGAGCCUGUGGCUUCAACGCCCUCUGCACGGUGAUCAACCACAGUCCCACGUGUCAGUGUGCUCCAGGACUGAUCGGCAACCCAUUCACAUCCUGCCAUGCUCGGCCACGCGAUCCACCACCACAACAGGAUACCAGCGAUCCCUGCGCCUCGAUUACGUGCGGUGCCAAUGCCGUCUGCCAGCAAGGAAGAUGCAGCUGUCUGCCAGAGUUCAUCGGAAAUCCAUUGAUUGGCUGUCGACCCGAGUGCGUCCUGAGUGCGGAAUGCGACUGGGACAAGGCGUGCGUGCGGAACAAGUGCAUCGAUCCCUGUCCCGGCACUUGUGGAUCCAGUGCCAUCUGUGAGGUCCACCGACACGUGGCCAUGUGCCAUUGUCCCCCGGGAAUGACUGGCAAUGCCUUCUCUCAGUGCCGACCACUGCCGCCGCCAGCUCAGGAUCCCCCCAUCAUAGCCGAUCCCUGUCAGCCCUCGCCUUGCGGACCAAAUGCCCAAUGUCGUCACAUCAAUGGCCAGGCCGUGUGCUCGUGUCUGCCACAAUUUGUGGGCACGCCACCAUCCUGCCGUCCGGAAUGCGUAAGCAAUGCGGAAUGUCCGCUUCACUUGGCGUGUCUGCAGCAACAGUGUGGCGAUCCCUGUCCGGGAUCCUGCGGCCUCAAUGCCGAGUGUCGCGUGAUCAAUCACAGUCCCAACUGCCACUGCAUCCAAUCGUUUACUGGAAAUCCAUUUGUGGCAUGCCACCGUCAACCUCCGCCUGCACCUCCCAGGCAGGACCCUGUUCCGCUGGAUCCCUGUCAACCCUCGCCGUGUGGCGCCAAUGCAGAGUGUCGCGUCCAAGGAAUCAACGCCCAAUGCAGCUGCCUCGCUGGAUUUGUGGGCACACCACCCGACUGCCGGCCGGAAUGCGUAUCCAACUCCGAUUGUCCCACGAAUCUGGCCUGCCGCAACGAAAAGUGCCGCGAUCCCUGCCCCGGAGUCUGUGGCCUGAAUGCGGAGUGCUAUGUGAUCAAUCAUACGCCCAUGUGUACGUGCCUCGCUGGAUACAAUGGCAAUCCCUUCUUUGGCUGUCAAGUGGUGCGCGAUGUCCCAGAGACACCACUCAAUCCGUGCGUGCCCAGUCCUUGUGGCGCCAAUGCCGUUUGCAGCGAACGUAAUGGAGCAGGGGCAUGCCAGUGCCUGCCCGACACCAUUGGCAAUCCCUACGAGGGCUGUCGUCCAGAGUGUGUCCUCAACACGGACUGUCCCAGCCAUUUGGCGUGUGUCAAUCAACACUGUCGCGAUCCCUGUCCAGGCACCUGCGGCUCCAAUGCCCUGUGCCAAGUGCGCCAUCAUCUGCCACAAUGCCAGUGCCUGGCGGGCUACCAGGGCAAUCCGUACACCUAUUGCAGCCUCCUGCGUGAUCCCCUGCCCGAACCCAUUGCCUCCCGUCCCUGCCAGCCCUCGCCUUGCGGACCCAAUGCCCACUGUCGCGAGGCGAAUGGUCAAGCUAUAUGCAAGUGCCUGCCAGACUUUGUUGGAUCCCCGCCUGCUUGUAGGCCCGAGUGUACCAUCUCCAGCGAGUGCGACUUGACCAGGGCAUGCGUGCAACACCACUGCGUCGAUCCCUGUCCGGGGAUCUGCGGCAGCAAUGCCCAAUGCCGUGUCCUCAACCACAGUCCGCAUUGCAGUUGUCUGCCCGACUACACUGGAGAUGCCUUCAGUGGCUGCCAGCCGAUCCGACCCGUCAUUAGCUAUGAUGCUCCGCCCAAGGAUAUCUACCGCGACCCGUGUGCACCCUCGCCCUGCGGCACCUUCGGCCAGUGCAGAGCACAGGGCACCCAGGCCGUGUGCUCCUGCCUGCCAGGAUACUUUGGUGUCCCGCCUCAGUGCAAGCCGGAGUGUGUGAUCAAUCCAGACUGCGCCUCACACUUGGCCUGCAUCAGCGAGAAGUGCCGCGAUCCCUGUCCCGGCUCCUGUGGCCUGCUGGCUCACUGCAGCAUCAUCAAUCACACGCCCAUCUGUAGCUGCCCGCCUGGCUAUCAGGGCAAUCCCUUUGUCAGCUGCAGACCCCAACCUCCUCCAGCUCCGAUUCCAGUACUACGGGAUGCCUGCAAUCCCUCGCCAUGUGGCCCCAACGCUGUUUGCAGUGCCGGAGGACAGUGCAACUGUCUCGCAGAGUUCGAUGGCAAUCCGUAUGUUGGCUGUCGCCCGGAGUGUGUCCUGAAUUCAGAGUGUGCCCGGGACAGGGCCUGUCAGCGCAGCAAGUGCGUGGAUCCCUGUCCGGGGGCCUGUGGUGUGGGCGCCGUUUGUGAGAUGCGCAACCACAUACCCAUCUGCCUCUGUCCACCCGGGACUUCCGGAAAUGCCUUCAUCCAGUGUACGACCAUCCUUGUUCAAUCUUCUCCCGUGGAGCCCCCUAAUCCCUGCCAGCCAUCGCCCUGUGGAUCUAAUGCCCAGUGUCGCGAGGCCAACCAGCAGGCCGUGUGCUCCUGCUUGAGUGGAUACUUCGGUGUCCCGCCCAGAUGUCGACCGGAAUGCACCAUCAACUCGGACUGUGCCCCCCACUUGGCGUGCCUCAAUCAGCAGUGUCGCGAUCCCUGCCCCGGGGCCUGCGGACAAUUUGCCAACUGCCAGGUCAUCCGACAUGUCCCGCACUGCAGUUGUCCCGCAGGAUACGCGGGAAAUGCCUUCUCCCUGUGUCAGCAGAUACCACCAGCGGUUGUGCAGCGAGAGACCCUCCCUGUGUAUCCCUGUCAUCCAUCCCCAUGUGGAUCGAAUGCCCAGUGCACGGAACAAGGCGAUCAAGCCAUCUGCAAGUGCCUUGAAGGCUACAUAGGACCGCCACCCAACUGUCGACCAGAGUGCAUAACAUCCUCCGAGUGCCCAAACCAAUUGGCAUGCAUCCGGCAGAAGUGCCGCGAUCCGUGUCCUGGUUUGUGCGGACAGGCAGCCAGCUGCCAGGUCGUGAGCCAUGUGCCCUCGUGCCUGUGCAUUGGAGACUACAUCGGAGACCCCUACACGGGCUGCCGUCCAAGACCAGCAAUAGAACGAGACCAGAUCAAUCCGUGCGCGCAGAACCCAUGCGGUAGCAAUGCCAUGUGCAGACAGCAAGGAGGAGCUGCGGCAUGCCAGUGCCUUCCCGAGACCUACGGCAAUCCCUACGAGGGCUGCCGACCCGAGUGUGUCGUCAAUUCGGACUGCUCCGGCCAUUUGGCCUGCUUGAACCAACAUUGUCGCGACCCCUGUCCUGGUAGCUGUGCACCGAAUGCCCAAUGCCAGGUCGUCAAUCACAUCCCCAGCUGUAGUUGCUAUCCCGGCUACAGAGGGGAUCCCUAUCGCCAUUGCCAGGCGGUGCCUAUCCAGGCGGAACCAAUCGAACCGGUUAAUCCCUGCCAGCCCCCGCCCUGUGGUCCCAACUCUGAGUGUAGCGUAGCCCAGGGACAGGCUGUCUGUCGCUGUCUGCCCGAUUACUAUGGCUCGCCGCCUGCCUGUCGACCCGAAUGCACCACCAAUCCCGAGUGUCCCCACGAUAGGGCCUGUGUGGCCAGACAUUGCUCCGAUCCGUGUCCAGGCGCCUGCGGGCAGAAUGCCAUUUGUCAGGCGCAUCAACACCGAGCCCUGUGCUCCUGUCCGCCCGGCUACACCGGCGAUGCCUUCACCCGAUGCCUGCCAUUACCUGCUCCACCUCCCCAUCAACCCAUUCGACAGUCGUCUCCUGUAGAUCCCUGCGUGCCCUCCCCCUGCGGACAGUAUGCCCAGUGUCGCGAGGAGUACGGACAAGGUGUCUGUACCUGUCUGGACUCCUACUACGGUACCCCUCCCCACUGUCGACCCGAGUGCACCCUCAACUCCGACUGUCCCGGCCAUCGGGCGUGCAUCAACCAGAAGUGCCGCGAUCCUUGCCCCGGUGCCUGCGGUCUGUACGCCCAGUGCUCGGUCCUCAAUCAUGUCCCCACCUGCUCUUGUCCGCAAGGAUACCUUGGAGAUCCCUUCUACCGCUGCUAUCCAGCGCCAGCUCCGUCUCCGCCUCCAGUGACUCCUAUUGUUGUUGAAGAUGAUCCCUGUCAUCCUUCCCCCUGUGGUCCCAAUGCCCAGUGCUCGAACGGCGUCUGCAGUUGUCUGCCACUCUACCAGGGCGAUCCCUAUGCGGGCUGUCGUCCCGAGUGCGUGUUGAGCACAGAGUGUCCCUCGGAUAAGGCAUGCAUACGCAAUCGCUGCGUGGAUCCGUGCCCGGGAACUUGUGGCUCCGGAGCCCACUGCAGAGUCCAGAAUCAUGUGGCCCUGUGUCACUGUCCGGACGGCCAGCAGGGAAAUCCUUUCGUGCUUUGCCAGCCAAAGCAGCAGCAGGAUUCACCCAUUCAGCUGCAUCCCUGCCAGCCAUCGCCCUGUGGCGCCCAUGGACAGUGUCGAGAGAUUGGUUCUCGCGCGGAAUGCACCUGCCUGCCUGGCUAUUACGGCAGUCCGCCCGACUGUCGGCCAGAGUGCGUCAGCGACUCCGAGUGUUCCCCGAGCCUCUCGUGCGUUAACCAAAAGUGUCGCGAUCCUUGUCCUGGCGCCUGUGGCUAUCUGGCCGAAUGCCAUGUGAUCAACCACAGUCCGCAGUGCGUUUGCCCGGCAGGGUACACGGGCAGUCCGUACUCCCAAUGCCAGGUUAUCGGUUUAGCUCCUGUCCAACGGGAACCCAUCGAUCCCUGCCAGCCAACUCCCUGCGGCCCCCACUCACAGUGCAGCAAUGAGGAUGGCCUCAAUGCCAUCUGCCGCUGCCUGCCCGAGUAUCUGGGCGUGCCACCCUACUGCCGACCCGAGUGCAUUGCCAACAGCGAGUGUCCCGGCGACAGGGCGUGCAUCAAUUGGAAGUGCCAGGAUCCCUGUCCCGGUCUCUGCGGCUAUAAUGCGAUCUGCCGGACGUACAAUCACCAGCCGAACUGUGUUUGCGCUCCCGGGCUGGUGGGUAAUCCAUUCAACUCGUGUCUGCCGCCAGUACGUCGGCCCUCCUACGAAUCCCCCGCGAUACCCCCCACAACGGCCAUAGAAGUACUGCAACACGAUCAGCCCAUCCGCAAUCCGUGCGAACCGAAUCCCUGCGGGGCCAAUGCUCGAUGCAGUCAGCAGAGAGGCAUUGCCUCGUGCGUCUGUUUGCCGGAUUACUACGGCAAUCCCUACGAUGCCUGCCGUCCAGAGUGUAUUCUCAAUUCCGACUGUGCGUCGCACAGGGCGUGCGUGCAGCAAAAGUGUCGCGACCCGUGUCCCGGCACCUGCGGCCUCAACGCCGAGUGCCACGUCCUGGAUCAUUUGCCCCAUUGCCAGUGCUUCAGCGGCUACACGGGUAAUCCUCUGGUCUACUGCGCCCCGCUGCCCGUUGUCCAGGAAUGUAAGCAUCCAACAUGCAAUCCCCCAUCGACUCCCAGUCUAAUCCUUUCGUCCGCCCCAGCACCCUUAACUCCAUGUGAUCCCUCGCCCUGUGGACCCAAUGCCAGGUGUCAGCCAUCGAAUGACCAAGCCGUUUGCUCCUGUCUGCCCGAUUUCUACGGAACCCCGCCCCAGUGUCGUCCCGAGUGUACUUUGAACUCAGAGUGUGCCCUUGACAGGGCGUGUAUCCAUCUCAAGUGCGUCGAUCCCUGUCCAGGAAUCUGCGGCUUGAAUGCCGUGUGCCGGGUGCAUUAUCACAGUCCCAUCUGCUACUGCAUCGCCUCGCACACCGGUGAUCCGCUCACCCGUUGCUACGAAAUCCCCACCAGACGUAAGAAUACAAUCGCCGAUAGUAUAAACGGUUCAAAGCCUAACAACCCCAAUCCCUUGGUCACUCAUUUCCCGACAGCCGCGACAGCCGAAAGACCCCAACAGAUAUACGACACCCCAUCACCACCCUACCCAGUUGCAAUUCCCGGAUUGGUGUACAUUCAACAACCGCAGCCGGGAAUUGUCAAUAUCCCCAACCAGCCACCCAUCCAUGAUGUCCAGUACCCAAGACCACAAUACCCUCCACAAUCAAUUCCACAACAACCAGGAGUUGUAAACAUCCCCACGUAUCCUUCGCCACAACCGACGAUUUCCAAUGUUCCGUCACCCGAAACACCGAUUCAACAACAGCCUGGAGUUGUCAACUAUCCAUCUUCGGUUCCACAACAGCCAGGAGGAAUAGUAAAUAUUCCUUCUGUGCCACAGCCCGUGCCUGUAGUUCCGAAACGACCAGUAUUUAUACCAACACCGGCGAACGCCACACCUGCACCACAGCCUGGAAUAGUGAACAUUCCCUCCGUGCCACAGCCAGUGUAUCCGUCACCCCAGCCGCCCGUUUACGAUGUGAACUAUCCCACGCCCCAGACACCGAGUCACCAGCAACCUGGAGUUGUCAAUAUUCCUUCAGUGCCACACCCUUCGCCGCAGCCAGGAGUCGUUAAUAUACCUUCGGUGCCCCAACCUGUCUACCCAUCACCCCAGCCACCGAUCUACGAUGUAAAUCAUCCUACGAUUCCUCAUCCUCAACCGGCACCCGGAAUUGUGAAUAUACCUUCCGUACCGCAACCGCAACCGACACCUGCACCACAGCCGGGAGUGGUUAAUAUUCCUUCUGUACCGCAACCGACACCUGCACCACAGCCGGGAGUGAUUAAUAUUCCUUCUGUACCGCAACCGACACCAGCACCACAGCCGGGAGUGUUUAAUAUUCCUUCUGUACCGCAACCGAUACCGCCGUCGCAUCAACCGCCAGUUUAUUUGUCAACACCCUUGAACUCUGUGCCACCUGCACCACAGCCAGGAAUAAUUAAUAUUCCCUCUCUACCGCAGCCCCGGCCUCCCAUUCAUGGCGUCCAUUAUCCAACGCCUCAGACACCGAUCCCUGAAAGACCUGUUGGUGUUGUAAAUAUACCAUCCGUGGUGCAACCAGUGUAUCCCACACCCCAGCCGCCAGUUUACGAUGUGAACUACCCCACGCCACACUCCCCAGUGCCCCAGAGGCCAGUGAUAGUGAAUAUCCCAUCUCUGCCGCAGCCUGUGGCACCUGUAUCGCAACGUCCAAUAUUUACACCGUCACCUGUGAGCCCUGUGACACCUGCACCACAGCCGGGAGUGAUCAAUGUUCCUUCUGUGCCGCCGCAACAAGUGUAUCCCUCCCCUCAGCCGCCGAUUGUGCAGAGUCCUGCCAUAUACGACGUGUACUAUCCACCGCCGCCGUCGAUACCAGGUGUCAUCAAUAUACCCUCGCCUCCCCGGCCAGUAUACGCGGUGCCCCAGCAACCAAUAUAUGUUCCGGCUCCACCAAGGCCAACUCCACACCCACAACCACAACCGGGUGUAGUAAACAUUCCUUCGAUGCCACAGCCUACGUAUCCGCAUCCGAAUCCACCCAUUCAUGAUGUUAGCUACCCGACACAACGACCAAGUCCCGUGCCGGGUGUCAUAAACGUGCAUUCUGUGCCACAACCAACUCCUGUGCCAAAUCCUGUGCCUGGAGUGAUCAAUAUUCCGUCACAACCAUCUCCACCGAAUAUUGUACCAACUCCCGGAGUUGUAAACAUACCUUCAGUGCCACAGCCCACGUAUCCAACUUAUAAUCCACCGAUCCAUGAUGUUAGCUAUCCAACACCGCAACCAAUUCCCUCUCCUGCACCAGGAGUUGUAAAUAUUCCUUCCGCGCCACAGCCAAUGCCGUCGUCGAUUCCUGGUGUGAUCAAUAUUCCGUCACAACCAUCACCACCGACAGUUAUAGGAAUUCCUGGAGUUAUCAACAUUCCUUCAGCGCCACAGCCUACAUAUCCAACACAGAAUCCAACACCUAUUCAGGACGUUAGCUAUCCAACACCACAACCAAAUCCUAUUACAGGAGUUAUAAUCGUCCCUUCUGAGCCACAUCCAGUUCCUUCAUCAACGCCAAGUGUGAUCAAUAUACCAUCACAACCAUCACCACCGCAUGUACCAGCUCACGGAGUGGUAAACAUUCCUUCGGUGCCACAGCCCACGUAUCCGUCACAGAAUCCGCCUAUCCAGGACGUCAGUUACCCAACUCCCGUACCAAAACCUGUGCCUGGAGCGAUCAGUAUACCAUCACAACCAUCACCACCGAUUUAUGUACCAACUCCCGGAGUGGUAAACAUUCCUUCGGUGCCACAGCCCACGUAUCCGUCACAGAAUCCGCCUAUCCAGGACGUCAGUUACCCAACUCCCGUACCAAAACCUGUGCCUGGAGUGAUCAAUAUACCAUCACAACCAUCACCACCGAUUUAUGUACCUACUCCCGGAGUGGUAAAUAUCCCUUCGGUGCCACAACCUUCUCCUGCGGCACCCCAACAACCUAUGUUCGAUGUCAACAACGAGACUCAGAGGCCACAGCCACAACCCCAACCUACACCUGGAAUUAUCAACAUACCAUCCGUAGCACAACCAGGACCCACUCGUCGACCCAACUAUGAUGUGGCAAGGCCCGUUUUCCAGUUCAAUCCCUGCUACCCAUCGCCCUGCGGACCGUACUCGCAGUGCCACAAUCGCUUUGGAGCGGCCGCGUGCGUCUGUCUUCCCAACUACAGUGGAACUCCGCCCAACUGUCGGCCGGAGUGUGUCGUCCAAUCUGACUGUCCCUCGGCGCUGGCGUGCAUCAAUGAAAAGUGUCGCGAUCCCUGCCCGGGAUCAUGCGGCUAUGAGGCAGUGUGUCGAGUGCAUGAACAUGUGCCCCAUUGCUUCUGUCGCUCUGGAUACACAGGAGAUCCUUUCGUUUCCUGCCAACCAACACCGAUACAGCAUGAACCCAUAGUCCAAAAGGAUCCCUGUUAUCCUUCGAUAUGCGGACCCAAUGCGGUGUGUCAUGAUGAGAAAUGCCGUUGCCUGCCGGAAUACCGAGGCGAUCCCUACUUUGGCUGUCGUCCAGAGUGCGUCCUGAACACAGAGUGUGCCCGGGACAAGGCAUGCAUCAAUCAAAAGUGCCAGGACCCCUGUCCAGAAACAUGCGGACUGAACGCACUCUGCCAUGUCUACAACCAUUUGGCGACCUGCUCCUGCCCGGAUAGAAUGCAAGGCGAUGCCUUUGUGCGCUGCGAUCCCAUCCCAGCCACAACAGAGCCGCCUCCAACCAAAUUGCCCGCGGUGAUACCACAGCGUACGCCCAUCAAUCCGUGCCGACCUUCGCCAUGUGGACCCAAUGCCAACUGUCGGGCCUAUCAUGAGCAGGCGAUUUGCUACUGCCUCCCGGGAUACAUUGGCACACCACCCGCCUGUCGUCCCGAAUGCACCUCGAACUCCGAUUGUGCUCUGGACAAUUAUUGCCUGAAUCUCAAGUGUCGCGAUCCCUGCCCGGGGGCAUGCGGCAUACGGGCCAUAUGCCACGUGCAGACCCACAGUCCCCGCUGUCUGUGUCCGCCCCAUCUCACGGGCAACCCCUUGCUAUCGUGUCAGCCCAUAGGUAUGCCGGAGAACCCUCUAAACCCAAACUUAAACCCAAACCCAAACCCCAUCCUGAUCUCACGUCUUACUCUUUCAGUUUUGCCACCACCUCCUCGCGACGAAGUUAACCCAUGUCUGCCCUCACCUUGUGGCCCCCACUCCGAGUGUCAGGCCACGGCAGGCGGCUCUGCCCGCUGCUCAUGCCUGCCCCAAUACCCCAGGGGAACCCCACCCCACUGUCGGCCCGAGUGCGUAAGCAGCGCCGACUGUCCAGCCGACAAGGCAUGCAGAAACCAUAAGUGCAUCGAUCCGUGCCCUGGCACCUGUGGCCAACUGGCUCUUUGCCGUGUGGUGUCCCACAGCCCCAUCUGCUAUUGCCCCGAGGGCUACGUGGGCAAUGCGUAUAGCAUUUGUGCUCGUCCUGCGCCCGUGAGGGAUGUGGUUGUACCUGUGCCUGUGCCUUGCCAACCCAGUCCUUGCGGCAUCAAUGCCAUUUGUCGACCCAACCAUGAUAUGAGCGUAUGCCAGUGUCUGCCCGAUUAUUACGGCAAUCCGUAUGAGAUCUGUCGCCCCGAGUGUACGGUCAAUUCGGAUUGCAGAAGUGACAGAGCGUGCCUCGGCGAGAAGUGUCGCGAUCCCUGUCCCGCUGCCUGCGGCCCCAAUGCCCAUUGUCUGGCCAUUAAUCACAGCCCCGUCUGCGAGUGCCACGAGGGUUAUAUUGGAAAUCCCUACCUCGCAUGUCGUAGGGUGCAACAUGAACCCACGCCUCCGGAAUACGUGAAUCCUUGCCAGCCAUCGCCAUGCGGUGCCAAUGCCCAGUGUCGCGAGUCCCAGGGCCAGGCCAUAUGCUCCUGUCUGCCCGAGUUUGUAGGCACGCCGCCCGCCUGCCGUCCCGAGUGUGUGAUCAGUGCCGAGUGUCCUGCGGACAAGGCGUGCAUCAAUCAGAAGUGCCAGGAUCCCUGUCCCGGCUCCUGUGGUCUGAACGCCCAGUGUCAUGUGAGGAAUCACAGUCCGCUCUGCUCGUGUCUGCCCGGGUUCACGGGCGAUGCCUUGACCCGCUGUCUGCCCAAUCCCCCACCACCAAAGCCACCAAAGUCGGAGGACCCUCCUCGUGAUCCCUGUUAUCCCUCGCCCUGUGGACCUUACUCCCAGUGUCGGGAGGUGAACGGAGGAGCCAGCUGCAGCUGCCUACCCAAUUAUGUGGGCGCUGCUCCCAACUGCCGGCCCGAGUGCACCAUCAAUGCGGAGUGUCCCAGCAGCCAGGCGUGCAUCAACGAGAAGUGUCGCGACCCUUGUCCAGGUGCCUGCGGCUUUGCCGCCCUCUGCAACGUGAUCAAUCACACGCCGAGCUGCUCGUGUCCCAGUGGCUAUACCGGAGAUCCAUUCACCAGCUGUCGGAUCGUGCCACCAACGCCGCCCCCGACGACUCCGAUCGCCGAUCCUUGCCAGCCGUCACCCUGCGGCGCCAAUGCCCAGUGCCGCGAUGGUCAGUGCUCGUGUCUGCCCGAAUAUCAGGGCGAUCCGUACACUGGCUGCCGGCCCGAGUGCGUCCUGAACUCGGACUGUCCGAGGAACAGGGCCUGCGUGCGACAAAAGUGCGUCGAUCCCUGCCCAGGAAACUGUGCACCGAAUGCCCUCUGCGAUGCCGUCAACCAUAUUGCGAUGUGCCACUGUCCUGAGCGAAUGACGGGCAACGCGUUUGUGUCCUGCUCCCCGCUGCGCGAUGAGCCCCCAGCGCGUCCGCCCAAUCCCUGCCAUCCAUCACCAUGCGGAGACAACGCCCAAUGCCUGGAGAGAAACGACGUGGCCAUCUGCUCCUGCCUGGCGGGCUACUUCGGUCAGCCUCCCAACUGCCGUCCAGAGUGCUACGCUAGCUCCGACUGCUCCCAGGUGCACGCGUGCAUCAACCAGAAAUGUGUGGAUCCCUGUCCAGGACAAUGCGGUCUCAAUGCCAUCUGCCAGGCGGUGCAGCACAGAGCGCACUGCGAGUGCAGUCCCGGUUACACCGGCAAUGCCUACUCCCAGUGUCAUCUCGUGAUUGUGCGAAGACCCGAAUCCAAUGCUGUGCGCGAUCCCUGCUACCCAUCGCCCUGCGGCCCCAACUCCCAGUGCAGCAAUGAGAAGGGUCAGGCGCAGUGCCGCUGCUUGCCAGAGUUCCAGGGCACACCUCCCAACUGCCGACCCGAGUGUGUCAGCAACGACGAGUGCUCCAAUAGCCUGGCCUGCAUCAAUCAGCGCUGCACCGAUCCCUGUCCCGGCAGCUGUGGCCAGAACGCCCUAUGCGUGGUCCGGCUGCACACGCCCAACUGUCAGUGCCCCAGCGGCAUGACCGGGGAUCCUUUCCGCCUGUGCCAAAAACCACCAUUGCAGGAGCCACCAGCCACACCGAAGAACCCCUGCUAUCCAUCACCCUGCGGCACCAAUGCCGACUGCCGUGUGACCGGCCAGAGCUAUGUGUGCGAAUGCAGCCAGCAGGAGUAUAUAGGGAAUCCCUACGAGGGCUGUCGCCCCGAGUGCGUGGGCAACUCCGAGUGUCCUGCGAACAGGGCCUGUGUGCGCAGCAAAUGCGUGGAUCCCUGCCCGGGAGUCUGCGGCCUGGAGGCGAUGUGCAACAUGAACAACCACAUACCGAUCUGCUCCUGUCCGGCAGGAUACACGGGCAAUGCCUUUGUGCAGUGCACGCGCCUGCUGGCCCCACCACCUGUCUCCGAUCCCUGCUAUCCCUCGCCGUGUGGACCCAACUCCGUGUGCCGAGUGCAGAGCGAGAAGCCCGUGUGUGAGUGUUUGCCAGGAUUCUUUGGGAAUCCUCUGGCCCAGGGCUGUCGCCCGGAGUGCACUCUGAGCUCGGACUGCGCCAAGGAUAAGGCCUGCAUCAAUGCCAAGUGCGUGGAUGCCUGCGUGGGCGAAUGCGGCUACGGAGCCGUAUGUCAGACCAUCAACCACAGUCCCGUCUGCAGUUGCCCAGCCAACAUGGUGGGUAAUCCGUUCGUCCAGUGCGAGACACCGCGCCAAGCAGAGCCAGUGGAUCCCUGCAACCCAUCGCCCUGUCGCAGCAACGGCAUCUGUCGUGUCCACAAUGGCGCUGCCACCUGCAGCUAUCCUGAGUGUGUGAUCAACGAGGACUGCUCCCGCGAUCGCGCCUGCGUUAGCCAGAAGUGCCGCGACCCGUGUCUGCAGGCCUGCGGUCUCAAUGCCGUCUGUCGUGCCAUCAACCACAAAGCUGUCUGCAGCUGUCCACCCGACUUCUAUGGCUCGCCAUACGCCCAGUGUCUGCGGCAGAUCCCACAGCUGGAGCCCCCGAAGCCGGAGUGCGUCAGCGAUGCAGAAUGCACCAAUGACAAGGCCUGCAUCAACCAGGUGUGCAGAAAUCCCUGCGAGCAGACCAAUCUCUGCGCCCAACAGGCCCGCUGCCAUGUCCAGCUCCAUCGUCCGCUGUGCGUCUGCAACGAGGGAUACUCGGGCAAUGCCCUGCAGCAUUGCUACCUACUCGGCUGUCGCUCCGACACCGAAUGCGCCCCUACCGAGGCCUGCAUCAACGAAAAGUGUGUGGAUCCCUGCAGCUUCACCCAGUGCGGCGCAGGAGCCACCUGUCGCGCCGACUUCAACCACCGCGCGCGCUGCCACUGUCCGGAUGGAUACCGCGGCAAUCCUCUGGUGCGCUGCGAGCGACCGGAGUGCCGAAGCGACGACGAGUGCUCGUUCCAUUUGGCCUGCCGCAACGAGAGAUGCGAGGAUCCGUGCAACUGCGGCAUCGGUGCCCAGUGUCGUGUGGACAACCAUCGCGCCCAGUGCCGCUGCCCGGCCGGCUUCAGUGGAAAUCCCGCCAUACGCUGUGACCUGGUGCCCGUGCAACCCGAGGGCUGCACCAUGGAUGCCGAGUGUCCCAGCAAGCUGGCCUGCUUCUCAGGCGAAUGCAAGAACCCAUGCGCUGUGACCCAUCCGUGUGGCGCCAAUGCCAUCUGCGACGUGGUCGACACACUGCCCCUGCGCACGAUGACGUGCCGCUGUGAGCCUGGCUAUGUGGGUGAUGCCGACAUUGGAUGUCGCAAAGAACCCGCUCAAGACCUGGGCUGCACAUCGCACGAUCAGUGCCAGGAUACGGAAGCCUGUCGCGCUGGAAACUGUGUCAAUCCCUGCCUGGAUGGCUCCCCUUGCGCCCGAACAGCCCAGUGUCUGGCCCAGCAGCAUCGCGCCAUUUGCAGCUGCCCUCAAGGCACCCAAGGAGAUCCGUUCACCAAUUGCUACCAGCCACCUCAAAUCACAGCUGGAUGCACACACGACUCUGAGUGCACGCCAACCACGGCGUGCAUCAAUAAGCGUUGCCAGGACCCAUGUGCCGAGGCCAAUCCUUGUGCCGGCAAUGCCGAAUGUCGUGUGCAGAACUCUCGUCCCACAUGCUACUGUCCCGCUGGCUGGGGCGGUGAUCCGCAAGUCCAAUGUUACAAACCUGAAUGCAAAAUCAAUGCCGAUUGUCCCUACGACAAGGCUUGUUUGAACGAGAACUGCGUGAAUCCCUGCACCCAUGGACAAGUGCGUUGCGGCAGUGGAGCCCAAUGUUUGCCACAGAAUCACCAGGCUGUCUGCAGCUGUCCGGCCGGCACUCAGGGCAGUCCCUUCGUGGCCUGCAUAACCGGCCAUUGUCAAUACAACGAGGAUUGCGCCGAUCACGAAGCCUGCGACCGCCUAAACCGCGUUUGCCGGCCCGUCUGCGAGCAGGAGACCUGUGCUUUGAACGCCAUCUGUGUGGGUCGACGCCAUCAGCCGCAGUGUGAGUGCCGCGCAGGAUACCAGGGCAAUCCGUUUGUCCAGUGCGAUAUGCCACAGCGAACCCCACAGGCGCCGGAGUGCACACAGGAUGCCGAGUGUCCCUCGAAGCUUGCCUGCAUCAACGAACGCUGUGCAGAUCCUUGUGCUACUCCUCAUGUGUGCAGUCCCCAACAGACCUGUGCCGUCCUCGAUACCCUGCCACUUCGCACCAUGAUCUGCAAGUGUCCCAGCGACACGGUCACCGAUAACUCGGGCAACUGUGUGGCCAUCAGGAGACCCAUUGCCCCGCCCAGUGGUGGCUGUCAGCACAGCUCCGAGUGCGCCAAUUCGGAGGUCUGUUCGAAUGGAAACUGCCUGGACGCCUGCCGCCUCGAAAAGUGUGGCGUCAAUGCCCAAUGUACAUCGCGGGAUCACUAUGCACAGUGCAGCUGUCCCGCCGGCUACCAGGGCAAUCCUCGCAUCGAAUGCUAUUCCACAGAGAUCGGCCUGCCGAAGAGUCCAGAGCCAGGCUGUACGCGAGAUGACGACUGCCCCAGGGACAAGACGUGCCGCAACGAAUUGUGUGUGAGUCCAUGUGCUGCGGAUGCCUGCGGCAUCGGUGCCUACUGCCAUGUGCAGCAGAGGAAGGCCAUCUGCCGCUGCCCGCCUGGCUAUUCGGGCAAUCCCAAGGAUCGCUGUCUGCCACCUUCUGAUGUGAUAACCGUCGGCUGCAAGUCCAGUAGCGAUUGUCCUGUGACAGAGGCGUGCAUCAAUGCCCAGUGCGUCAGUCCCUGCAACUGCGGACCGAAUGCCGAAUGCAGCGUUAAGAACCAUCAUCCCAUCUGCUACUGCAAGCCAGGAUUCUCGGGCAAUGCCCAGAUCGGCUGCGUGGCCAUUGGCUGCCAAUCGGAUGACGAGUGCAGUGGUGACAAGCAGUGCUUGAAUCGCGAAUGCAUCAAUCCCUGCCUGGUGGUCGAUCCCUGUGCAUUGAAUGCCGAAUGCUACGGACGCAAUCAUCGUGCCAACUGUCGUUGUCCCGCUGGCCUGGAGGGAGAUCCGUUCGUGCGCUGUCUGCGCCUCGAAUGCCACUCGGACUACGACUGUGCCUCGAACCUGGCCUGUGUAUCCAACCAGUGCGUGGAUCCGUGUGGCCAACAGAAUCCCUGCGCCCAGAAUGCCAUCUGUCAGGCCCUGCAGCAUCGAGCCGUCUGCCGCUGUCCGGAGCAAAUGCCUCUGGGCAAUCCGUAUGCCUACUGCGAACGCCGACCCGUGGAGCCCGUGUGCCGCGAUGAUGGUGACUGUCCCAGCGGUCUGGCCUGCAUCGAUGCCAAGUGCCAGAACCCAUGCACCGAACUCUCCCCCUGUGCCCGCACCGCCCAGUGCAGUGUCCUCGAUAGUGUCCCAGUGCGGACCAUGGUCUGCGAGUGUCCCGAGUCCCAGGUGCCAGACGCCAGUGGCGAGUGCCGCCAACUGGUGCUGGCCAGCCCACCGGGCUGUGAAAGUGACCAGGAUUGUCCCGACCAAGAGGCGUGCAUCCAUCGCCAGUGCCGCAACCCAUGUAACUGUGGCACCAACGCCAUCUGCCAGGUGACCCAACAUCGUGCGGUUUGCAGCUGCCAGGAUGGCUUCGAAGGCAAUCCCUAUGCCGCCUGCCGCUCGAUCGGCUGCCGCGUGGAUGGUGAGUGCGAUUCUGGCAAGGCCUGCAUCAACGGCGACUGCAUCAAUCCCUGCCUCAUCAACGACCCCUGCGGACCCAAUGCCGAGUGCUUCGUGCAGUCAAACCACGCCCAGUGCCGCUGCCUCAGCGGAUACCGCGGCAAUCCGUACGAACGCUGCCGCAUCAUCGGCUGCAGCAGCAACAACGACUGCCCCACGGACAAGACUUGCCAGAACGAGCAGUGCGUGAAUCCCUGCGUCUACCACAAUGCAUGUGCCCCGCGCGCCGAGUGCCGCCCCCAGAACCACCUGGCUGUCUGUCGCUGUCCUUCCGACUUUGUUGGCAAUCCUUACGUGGACUGCCGUCCCCAGCCGCAGCCCGUCUGCGUGCUGGACACGGACUGCCCCUCGCGACAGGCAUGCAUCAACGAGCAAUGCGUGGAUCCUUGCCUCGUCCUGGAGCCCUGCCAGCGGCCUGCUCAGUGCCAGGUGACGCCCACGUCCCCAGUACGUACCAUGAUCUGCAUCUGUCCGGAUGGAUACAUCAGCAGCGGCAGCGGCAGCUGCAAGCCCACUACCGGCAUCGUCAAGGUGGGUGGCUGCAUAUCGGACUCUGACUGUGCCGCCGACAAGUCCUGCCUGAACGGCAUCUGCCGCGACCCGUGCAACUGCGGCGUGAACGCCGAGUGCCGCAUCAAGGACCACAAGCCUGUGUGCACUUGUCGCCAGGGCUACGAGGGCAAUCCCGAGUUUGAAUGCGCCAAGAUCGAGUGCAACAUCAAUGCGGACUGCCCCGGCACGCAUGCGUGCCGCAACCAACUCUGCGUGCCCGCCUGCCAGGGUGAACAAUGCGGCUCCAAUGCCCAAUGUUUGGCCAUCAAUCAUCGGGCCGUGUGCGAAUGCGCUCCCGGUCAUGGUGGAAACGCCCGUCUUGGAUGCACGCCACUGGGCUGCCGCACCGACGACGAGUGUCCCACGGACAGAGCGUGUGUGAACGGCAAGUGCAACGAUCCCUGCGCUACAACGGCCAUCUGUGGCCAAGACGAACUCUGCAAGGUCUAUCAGCAUCGUCCGCAAUGCGCCUGCCCGCCCGGUACUGUACCCGGACGCAAUGGAUGCGAAACGGAACGCCAUAUCCCUAUCUGCAUUAGCGACGGCGACUGCCCCAGCCAAAAGGCUUGUCUGCGUGGCGAGUGCGUGAAUCCCUGCAAUGCCACACAGCCGUGCGGCGUCAAUGCUGAGUGCCGCGUGCGCGACACCCUCCCAGUAAGGACCAUGAUCUGCGAAUGCCUCGAGGGCUACACCGGCAAUGCGGCUGUGCAGUGCGACAAGCGAUCGCUCUGCGUCAUCGAAAAGGGCUUCGUGCGCGAUGUGGACGGACAGUGUGUAUGCCCACCGGGCACCGCUCUGGACAUUUACGAGUACUGCACCCCUUGUCAAGUGGAGCAAGGCUUCCGGAUCGACGAAAGCGGCCAUUGCAUAUGCGCUCUAGAACGUGGCAUGGUCAUCGACGAGCGUGGUCGCUGCACCUGUCCCAUUGAGCUGGGCUACAGCCUGACGCCCCGAGGAGAGUGCCAGCCGGAGGAGCCGCCAGAGUGUACCACCAACGACCAGUGCGCGGACAAUCGGUACUGCAAUCUGGAUACCAAGACCUGCGAGGAUCCCUGCCUGACCAAGGUGUGUGGAGUGAAUGCCUUCUGCAAUGCCAUCAACCAUCGUGCCCAGUGCCAGUGCAUUACGGGCUACACGGGCAAUCCGGAACUGCAUUGUAACCACACCAACUUCCGCACCGACUUCCCCAGACCCGACAUGGUCGUCAGCUGCCUGGCCGAUGGUGUUCAAGUAGAAAUCCACAUCACAGAGCCCGGCUUCAAUGGCGUGCUUUACGUAAAGGGCCACAGCAAGGAUGAGGACUGCCGUCGUGUUGUCAAUCUGAACGGCGAGACGGUGCCACGCACCGAAAUCUUCCGCGUGCACUUCGGCAGCUGUGGCAUGCAGGCGGUGAAGGAUGUGGCCAGUUUUGUCCUGGUCAUCCAGAAGCAUCCCAAGCUAGUCACCUACAAGGCCCAGGCGUACAACAUCAAGUGCGUCUACCAGACGGGCGAGAAGAACGUAACCCUAGGCUUCAACGUGUCUAUGCUGACCACAGCUGGAACCAUUGCCAACACCGGUCCGCCGCCCAUCUGCCAGAUGCGCAUCAUCACCAACGAGGGCGAGGAGAUCAAUUCGGCCGAAAUCGGCGACAAUCUCAAGCUGCAAGUGGAUGUCGAGCCAGCCACUAUUUAUGGUGGCUUUGCCCGCUCCUGCAUAGCCAAGACCAUGGAGGACAAUGUCCAGAACGAGUAUCUGGUGACAGACGAGAACGGCUGUGCCACGGACACCAGCAUCUUUGGCAACUGGGAAUAUAACCCGGACACCAACAGUCUGCUGGCCAGCUUUAAUGCCUUCAAGUUCCCCUCGAGCGACAACAUCCGAUUCCAGUGCAACAUACGCGUCUGCUUCGGCCGAUGCCAGCCCGUCAAUUGUGGUGGCUACAAUGCCUUUGGGCGACGUCGCCGCUCUAUAGCCGACAACUCAAGCGACACGACAGCCAUUGCCACCAACUCAGGGGUUGAGGGUCAGCUACGCGAGGAGAUAACCAUCUCAUCGAAUGCUAUUCUCACAUUCGAGAAGCGCAGCGGUCCAGGCCUGAAUGAUGCCAACAUCAAACCGGCGGCACAGCGAGUGGAGGAUAUAUGCGUUUCGAUGGUGGGACUGAUCAUUGCCUUGGUUAUCACGGCUCUAUUGGCUCUUGUGGCUGUCGCCGUGGCCGUCUCCUGCUGGCUAAUGGCCUACAGAAGGCGACCAAAGACCAUAGCCCCGCUGCCACAUCCGCCAGAGUUCCCCAACCCACUCUUUUCCAACCCCGACGCUGUGCCCGAGCCAACGCCAGACUACAUCUCCUAAACACAACACUGGAAAGAACACACACACCUAGCUAUAAAACCUUAGUCGAUAAGAAAAAUAAGAAAAAACACCAAUACCAGAGAAAAAGGGUAAUCUUCACAGAAGUUUAAAUUAAUGUGAAUAUUUGAGAGGCACGUGCAAAAAGUUCUGCAAAAUGCAAAACAUCUAAUGAUAUUUCAAUGAAAAUGUGAAGAAUGAAUCAAAGAAAAACAAAAGUACGUUUGUGAGCAGAAAGAGGAAAAACGGGCCGGACUAAUGGCCGUAAAACGUAAAACGAAAGAAAACGAAAGUGUAAAAAGCGAGAAUUGUAUGUAAGCAAAAUGCAUGCAAAUAAUAAUAGUAGCUUAAGAAAAUAAUUUUAUUAUUUGUAUUAACGUUUAAUGUUCUCUCUUUCCCACUAAUAUGAGAAUUUUGCGUAGUGUAGCAGUAGCAGAGUAUUUAGCUUCCACAUAUGUAGAAUCCAAUCCAGAAACUGCCAAACAGAAGAUGUAGGAGAAGCGGGGGUACCCAGAGUGCAGCUACAAACGAAUUCUCGUCCUCUAACGACAACUUCUUCAUUAGUCGAUUAUCAAUAUUAAUAUUCUGUUAUAUAUAUUACGAUGAUAUAUAUGACUAAAGACUUCCUAUAAAUAUUUAGGGUGUGGGUAGUACCAACGACACUUUGUAUUAUAGCACAGAAACACAAACACACACACACUUCCUGUAACUUUAAACGUGAACUCAACUCACCUUUUAAAAUUGAAAACUGCCUUGAUUUUCCAACACGAACGAACAAUGCACCCCAGAAUACUCUUUCUCUAGCAGUAUGUAAGAAAUCGUUGGACCUUUCGCGUGUGUCAGCUAUAACCACUUGACAAUAUGCCAACGAUUGUCUCUGAUGGAUUGUACAAGAGCUCAAGAGUUUAACACACACACACACAGAUGCACACACACACACUCUAAGCUCGAAGCACACGGAAAUAGUUCUAGAAAGAAUAGUUAUAUAACCUUUCACUGCCACUGAGGCGUCAAGCAGCGCACAAAACGAUACAUACUGUCCAUCUAAUGCAUAGGAAAUACUAGGCUUGUUUUAAUUUUAAUUGCAACGACGACGACUAAUGGAGGAUUUGAUUUUGACCACUGUCCACCCACGACUACUUACCACUGUACCAUUGUACCAUUGUACCACUGUACUACUGUACUGUACCACUAGCCUCUACUAUGGUUAACCAAUUAUUUUUGUAGUUUCUUAGUCAAUUAAUAUUAAAUUGUUGUGAUUGUUUUUAAUGCAAAAGAGAUACUUCCACUAAACUUACUAAUAUGUAGGGAACCAAGUAUAAAGAAUACUUUAAAAGGCAACGAACCAGCGCGGCCUUCCUCCCCCAGAACCCUUCCAUCGUAUAUUUCCCCCAGCAAGGAGAGUCCGCUGCUGUCAACGCACCGGAAACUACGCAGCGAAUUUUCGUUUCCGGUGCCUGUUCAUAGAGCGCCACUGUACUUGAUGGGAGUUAAUUGAGAGUAUAGGGAUAUAGAGGGGUGAUGAUCAGCCUGGAUAAUUAACUUAUUAAAAUGAAGUUUUAAAUAAAUAUUAUUAAACGUAAACAAAAUGUAUAGUCACUACUUUAAGCCGAACGUGAAGCGUUUAGAGACAGAAGAGCACUUCUUUAUAGUGAAAUACCAUAAAAAUAUAUAAACUCGCACUCAGACACGUACACAAAGAGACAGACAUUGUAAAUAAUACGCAGGCAGCAAAACUCUAUGGUAUUUUAGGUAGCGCAUUAUUGUGUAUAGGUUUCCAUACUUUGAUCCUCUCCCAAAUCAGAACCCGAUCCAUGCCAGGCAUAAAAUUAUUUUCUUAAUUCCACAAACACAUGGGCGCACUUCGAUGUACCUAAGUGAGUGCACAAAUUAUUUCAAAUGAUAACCUAAAUGAUCACAAUUACCAAACACUUUUAUUUUUCUUUUAUAACUUUAACAAACAUGUACCAUUUUAUCCGAGCUCUUUUAUAGAGCUCCAAAUAGAGUUCCAUCUGGACAAAACUUUUUGCACUGGCAGCAAAUAUGAUAAAUUCGAAAGAAAGUAAACCCUUAUUGUAAAAAGAACACAAUAGUUCAAUUGUAAUUAUAAAGAAAUGUAUUU